AGGGAACUGAGGUUCAGUUCCAGGUCUGCGCUGAGAACGAGGCCGGCGUCGGCCAUCCAAGCGAACCCACAGAGCUCCUUGCUAUCGAGGAUCCAACAGGAGCCCCAUCGCCACCUAUCGAGCUGCAUGUCACAGGAGCCAGCAGGGACUUCCUGUCCAUUGCCUGGAAACCUCCUCAGAGAGAUGGCGGCUGCCCCAUCACUGGCUACCACAUCGAGAUGUGUGAGGCCGGGACGGAGAAGUGGAUGAGGGUUAACUCCCGUCCAGUGAAGGAGCUGAAGUACCGCGUGGAGGAAGGCGUGGUCCCCGAGAAGGAGUACAUCCUGAGAGUGAGGGCCAUCAACUCUGUCGGAGUUGGCGAGCCCUCCGACAUCUCCGAGAACGUCUUUGCCAGAGAGUCUGAGUGCAACCCGACGCUGGAGUUCCAGACUCUGGACCUGGUUGUUGUGGAAACAGAGAAGCUGCACAUCCCAGUUCCCUUCAGAGCCGUCCCGUCACCCAGGAUCACCUGGCACAAAGACGGCAAGGAGCUGAAGGCCGACGAUCGCGUUGGUUUCAGGAAGGACUACACUUCCUGUCACCUGGAGAUCGACAGCAGCCUUCAUGCUGACGCAGGACAGUACAAAGUCACCCUGGAGAACAAUCUGGGAGCCGCCAGCGGCACCAUCAACGUCAAAGUCAUCGGUCUUCCUGGUCCAUGUAAGGAGAUUUUGGCAUCUGAGAUCACAAAGAGCUCCUGCAAAGUGACCUGGGAUCCUCCAGACUACGACGGCGGCACCCCGAUCAUACACUACGUCCUGCAGCGUCGUGAGGCUGGCAGGAGGACGUAUGUCAACAUUAUGUCCGGAGAGAACAAGGUGAGCUGGAACGUCAAAGAUCUCAUCCCCAACGGAGAGUUCUACUUCAGAGUCCAGGCUGUCAACAAGGUCGGAGGAGGAGAGUUCAUUGAGCUCCGCAACCCGGUCAUCGCAGAGGACCAGAAACACGUCCCUGACCCGCCGGUGGACGUGGAGACACACAACCCCACAUCCAGCACCGUCACUCUGACCUGGAAGCCUCCCAUGUACGAUGGCGGCUCCAAGAUCAUGGGCUACAUCCUGGAGAAGCAGAUGAAGGGCGAGGACAAGUGGGAGAGGUGCAACGACUUCCUGGUGCCCGUCCUGUCUUACACCGUCAAAGGGCUGAAGGAGGGCAAGAUGUACACAUUCAGAGUCAAAGCCGAGAAUGCUGCUGGGCUCAGCGAGCCGUCACGCAACACGCCAUUUGUCAAGGCUUCGGAGGCCAUCGAUCCUCCGAAGGUCUUCCUGAGCGGCAGCCUGCAGUCCGGCCUCAGCUUGAGGCGCGGCUGUGACAUCUGCCUGGAUGCCAACAUCUCUGGCGCACCGUACCCUGAGAUCACCUGGUAUUGGAACAACAAGGUGAUCCGCCCGGAGCCGCUCCGCAAGAGGCCCGAGAGACCCCUGAAGAAGAAGGUGGAAAAGAAGGAGGAGAAGAAAGAGGAGGUGAAGAAAGAGGAGGGAGAGGCUGAGAAGAAGGAGGGAGAGGAGAAGAAGGAGGAGGAGAAGAAGGAGGAGAAGAAAGAGGAGGUGGCAGAGCCUGAGGUGGAGGAGAUCGACUAUCCGACCAUUAAUGAACGUCUGACCAUCAACAACAGCCGCAGGGGUGUGUCCUCUGUCAUCAUCAAGGACUCGUACCGCCCUGACCACGGCGUCUACAUGGUGAAGGUGGAGAACGACCACGGCAUAGCCUCAGCAACCUGCGAGGUCAACGUGCUCGAUACUCCCGGGCCUCCGGUGAACUUCAAAUUUGAGGAGCCUAGGAAGAACUCUGUGAUCUGUAAGUGGGAUCCUCCUCUGGACGACGGUGGCAGCGAGAUCCUCAACUACACCCUGGAGCAGAAAGACAACUCCAAGCUGGAGAUCGGCUGGAGCUGUGUCACCUCCAUGCUGACAGGAUGCCGCUUCCUGGUGCCCAAACUCAUCGAGAAGAAGGAGUACUUAUUCAGGGUCACUGCGGAGAACAGGUUCGGCGCGGGCCCGUACUGCGUCUCCAAACCACUUAUCGCCAAGAAUCCAUUCGACCCUCCUGAGGCCCCUGAUAAGCCAGAGGUUGAUGACAUCACAGCCGAAACCAUGCUGGUCACCUGGACCCCACCAAACGACAAUGGCAGCCCCAUCAUUGGCUACUGGGUGGAGCGCCGUGAGAUCAAUAGCUCACGCUGGACACGUGCCAACAAGAACAUUGUCCCAACCACUGAGCUGAACGUUGGAGGUCUAAUGGAGGGGCUGACUUACAUCUUCAGGGUGGCAGCUGAAAACCAGGCCGGCCCCGGAAAGUUCAGCAUCCCCACCGAACCCAAGAUGGCCCAGGCUCGCAUCCUGCCUCCUGGACCACCUAUUGCUCGAGUGGCCACGACCACCGACCACUCCAUUGAAGUAGAGUGGGACCCACCUGUUGACAACGGUGGAGGAGAGAUCAUUGGCUACCAUGUGGAAAAGUCCCUGGCUGGUUCCAAGGAAUGGUCCAGAGCUUCAGAGCAUAUGACGAGGGCCCGGACUUUCACUGUCUAUGGAGUCCGUGAGAAAGCCAAGUACAUGGUCAGAGUCAUUGCCUGCAACGCUGCCGGAGAGGGAACGCCAGGAUUCACAGAGGCUGUGAUCGUCAUGAAUCCAGCAGAGAUGCCAGUGAUUGAAAUGGACCUGGCCGUCAAGAGCGGCAUGAUUGUCAGAGCCGGAACGACACUCCUUAUACCUGCUAAAGUCACAGGUAAACCCUACCCAUUCAUUUCUUGGACCAAGGACGACGGUAAACUUGACAAAGACCGUGUGGAGGUCCUCACUGAGGGCGAAAACAGCAUCAUUUCAGUCCAGAAUUGCCAGAGGAAGGACUGUGGCAAAUAUACAGUUUCUGCUUGCAACCCCAGUGGCAUCAAGAAUGUUUCGGCUCGAGUGGAAGUAGUGGAUACUCCUGGACCUGUAACGGAUCUGAAGCCUGUUGUCGUCACUCGCAAGAUGAUCUUCCUUAACUGGGAUGAUCCAGUGGAUGACGGCGGCAGUGAAUUGACCGGCUUCCUCGUGGAAAGAAAAGAAGGCAAGAUGCACACAUGGAGGCAACCUGUUGAAACCAUUUCAUCCAAGUGCGAGUGCUCGGGCAUCGUGGAGGGAAAGGAGUACAUAUUCCGUGUCUUUGCCAAGAACAAGUAUGGCUUGGGAGUGCCCGUAGAGCUGGAGCCCAUUCUUGCUGUUGACGCACAGGCCCCUCCAUCAAACCCUGAGAAGUUCAACUACACCGAGCGCACCAAAGAUUCCAUCACGCUGACCUGGAAGCCACCUCGUAAUGAUGGCGGCAGCCCUGUCCUUGGCUACAUUGUUGAGAAGAAGAGGCAAGACCAGCAGGUCUUCGAGCCAUGCAACAAGGAGCUCUGCACUGACUUGACCAUGACUGUGGGGGGCCUGGAGGAUGCCUGGCCGUAUGAGUUCAGGAUCAAGUGUGUCAACGCAUUGGGAGAGAGUGAACCAACCAUCCCGUUGACAGUGAUCAUCCAAGACGAUGAAGUUCCUCCCGAGGUUCACAUGCUGACAAAGGGCGAGUCCAUUACUGUAAAGAAGGGUGAGCUCAUUGAGAUCCCUGCUGAUAUCAUCGGCCUCCCCAUCCCGAAGGUUGAGUGGGACAAAGAUGAUGUGGUGAUCGCUAAGCCCACUGAUGCUCUGCUGAUUGACAUGGUGGUGACCGGCAGGCUGAACGCAAAGACCAAACUGUCCAUCCCAGAAGCCAACAGGAAGGACUGCGGCAGCUUCACUGUAACUGCCUCAAACAAUAUGGGCUCAGCCAAGCACACCAUCUAUGUUAUGGUUUUGGACCGACCAACUCCACCCAGGAAUGUGACGGUGUCCAGCAUCAAGGCAGAGUGUUGCUACCUCAGCUGGGAUGCACCAGUGGAUAAUGGUGGCAGCGACCUGACCAAUUACAUUGUUGAGAAGAAGGAAGUGGUGACAGGGGAGCCGGAGCAGGAAGGUGAAACUCAGUGGGAGUUAGUUACCAACAGCAUCAUUGAGAAGAAAUACGGGGUGUGGAACCUGGAGAACAACAAGUCCUACAUGUUCCGGGUCAGAGCUGAGAAUCGCUACGGUAAAUCUGACCCCUGCGGAUCGAAGGAGGUCCAGAUCAUAGACCCAUUCGGCCUUCCUGGCCCACCAGAGAAACCAACCAUCGCAGAGUACUCGAGGACCACCAUGACCCUAACAUGGGAGCCUCCCAGAGACACCGGCGGCUCUAAGAUUAUCGGCUACUGGCUGGAGAAGAGGGAGAAAGGCACUGCCUACUGGGCCAAAGUCAACAAGACGCCCAUCACCAAGAGGGGCAUGAAAGGCUGGGAAUACCAGACAAAUCGUCUUAUGGAAGGAACAGAGUAUGAGUUCAGAGUUGCUGCCACCAAUUCUGCAGGAACUGGACCAUACAGUGGACCAUCUGACUCUGCCUUUGCUGUUGAUCCAAUCACUCCUCCAAGCAUGCCCGCCGCUCCUGUGGUGGCUGAUAAGACAAACCACAAUGUCACGCUGUCCUGGAAGCCGCCAGAGAGUGAUGGAGGAAGCCCGAUCAAAGGCUACAUCAUCCAGAUCCAGGAUGAGGGCAGAUCAGACUGGGCGAGGGUGAACGACCUUGACAGCCUCAACCCCACCACUGAGUUCACCGUACCCAGCCUACGCCCGCUGAAACGCUACCGCUUCAGGAUCAUCGCCGUCAACGUCAUUGGGGAGUCUGACCCCAGCCCCCGCACCACCGAGGUUCUGAUUGAAGAUGUCCAGCUUGCACCUGCAAUCUCCAUCGACAUAUUGAUGGAGGACCUGCUGUGCAUCCCUGCUGGAGAUCCAAUCAGGAUCCCGGCCACCAUCAAAGGCCGCCCUGCUCCCAGGGUAACCUGGGACUUUGAUGGCAAAGCCCCGACGCACAAGAAGAACAAGCUGCACACAUUGCCAGUCGACUCCCAGGUUGAAUCUACGGACACAACGUCCGUUGUAAACAUCCCUGUCAGUCUGAGGAGCCACUCUGGACGCUACACCAUCACCGCCAAGAACAAGUCCGGACAGAAACAUGUUAACGUCAGAGUCAUCGUCCUCGAUGUCCCCGGACCUGUAAAGGAGCUGAGGGUCACUGACAUCACCAGGUCAACCGCCAGGCUGAUCUGGAAACUCCCUGACAGCGAUGGAGGAGAGAGAAUCAAGAGCUACUUUCUUGAGAAGAAGAGUCUCGCUGACAAGGCCUGGACAACGGUGAAUGCAGCCUGUGCCAGCCAGGCCUUCGUGGUACCAGGCUUACUGGAAGGUCAGAACUACCACUUCAGGGUCCGAGCUGAAAACAGACUUGGAUUCGGUCCAUUCACCAUCACCACUGAUCCCAUCCUGGCCAGAGACCCCAUCUUCCCCCCUGACCCUCCCACCAAGCUGAAGGUCAACCUGGUGACAAAGACCACCGUCACUCUGAGCUGGGAGCCUCCCAAAAACAACGGUGGUUCUCCAGUGAAGCAUUACAUCAUCGAGCGUUUGAGCUGGGACACCAGCGGCAAAGAGAAGGAGACGUGGAAGCAGUGCAACAAGAGAGACGUGGAGGACCUCACCUUCGUGGUGGAGGAUCUGAAGGAGGGAGGAGAAUAUGAGUUCAGAGUAAAAGCCGUGAAUGCCGCUGGACCAGGCCGACCCUCCACCACCGUUGGACCCCUGAUCAUCAAGGAUCAGACAUUUGCUCCCACCAUUGAGCUGCGUGAGGCCAUGGAAGGCGAGGAGGGCUGUGAUGUCAGUGUUGUGGCAAAGGUGGCCGGCUGUCCGUUCCCCACGCUCACCUGGCAUAAAGCCAGCGUGGCCAAACCUGAGGAGAAGGCUCCCAUCCAGUAUGACCAGCAUAUGAACAAACUCGUGACCCACGAUAAGUGCACGCUGCUGAUCCAGCAGGCCAGCAGACACGACACCGCCCUCUACAGCCUGACGGCCUCCAACAGCCUAGGCAGCAUCACCAAGACGAUCAAGGUCUCCGUUUACGGACCUCCUAGUGCACCUAUUGGACCCAUCAAGUUCACUGAAGUGUUUGCGGAGAGGAUCGGCCUGGCCUGGAACCCUCCCACAGAUGAUGGAGGAUCUAAGAUUACCAACUAUGUGAUUGAGAAGCGUGAGGACAACAGGAAGUCCUGGGUCCACGUCUCCAACGACCCCAAGGAGUGUGCCUAUGUGGUGACCCGACUGACGGAGAACCACGAGUAUGAGUUCAGAGUCAUGGCCCAGAACAAAUUUGGAGUCGGUCCUCCUCUGGUCAGCGAGUCGGAGAAGGCCAGAAACCUCUUCACUGUCCCCGGUCAGUGUGAGAAGCCGACUGUGGAUGACGUCAGUCUGGAGUCGAUGACCGUCCACUGGGAUGAGCCCAAGUACGAUGGCGGCUCCCCCAUCACGGGCUACUUUGUGGAGAAGAAAGAGACCACCGCCAAGCGCUGGAUCCGCGUCAGCCGCGACCCAAUCCGAGCCCUCCCUCUGGGCAACAGCUGGUUUGUCACCGGCCUGCAGGAGGGUGCCAUGUACCAGUUCAGGGUUAUUGCUGUCAAUGCCGCCGGCUGCGGUCUGCCCAGCAUGCCCUCUGAUCCCACACUCUGCAGAGACCCCAUCAAGCCUCCCGGACCGCCCACUCCUAAGGUGACGGACUGGACAAAGUCGACGGUGGAGCUGGAGUGGAUCCCUCCUCUGGUGGAUGGAGGGUCAAAGGUCACGGGCUACAUCGCAGAGUUCAAGGAGGUGAACAAGGAGGAGGAGGAGAAGAAAGCUCAGAGGAAGCUGCUGCUGAGCGGUGCUGAGGAGGAGAAGGAGCCAGAGACCGACGAGGGCUGGGCAAAGGCGAAGGACACAGAGGUCAGAGGAACCAAAUACAUGGUGACCGGUCUGAAGGAAGGUGGUCUGUACCGCUUCAGAGUCCGAGCUGUGAAUGCUGCAGGAGUUGGAGAACCAGGAUAUGUGUCUGAGAUGAUCGAGGUCAAAGACAGAACAAUUCCUCCUGAGAUGGACCUGGACGCCUCGGUGAAGGAGAGGAUUGUGGUCCAUGCCGGCGGCACCAUCCGCAUCAUCGCCUAUGUGUCUGGUAAGCCCGCCCCGCAGAUCAGCUGGUGCCGUGACGACGCAGAGGUGCCCAAAGAGGCUGUGGUGGAGAAGACGGGCAUCUCCAAUUCACUGGUCAUAAAGAACUGCAAACGCCAACACCAGGGCAUCUACACGCUGAGCGCCAAGAAUGAGGGAGGAGAGAGGAGGAAGGCCAUCGUCGUGGAGGUCCUUGACGUUCCCGGACCCGUCGGUCUUCCCUUCGCUGGCGAGAAUCUGACCAACGACUCCUGCAAGCUGACCUGGUCCUCCCCCGAGGACAAUGGCGGCUCGGCCAUCACCAACUACAUCAUUGAGAAGAGGGAGUCAGACCGCAUGGGCUGGACCUCAGUGUCCUACACGGUGACGAGGAACAAUGCGGUGGUGCAGGGACUCCUCGACGGCAAGGGCUACUUCUUUAGAAUCGCAGCCGAGAACAUCAUUGGCAUGGGACCUUUCAUCGAGACCGACAAGAUGGUUCUCAUCAAGGACCCCAUCUCGGUCCCGGAGCGUCCAGAGGACCUGAUCAUCACGGCCGUCACCAAGGACUCCCUCUCCAUUGCCUGGAGACCACCCAAGUAUGAUGGCGGCGCCGAGGUGACCGAGUACAUCCUGGAGACCCGCAUGGUCGGCCGGGACAGCUUCACACGAGUAGGUGGAGACACUAAGCUGAUGGACAGGAAGUUCACCCUGACAGGGCUGAAGGAGGGCUCGACCCACGAGUUCAGAGUUUCUGCCGUCAACCAGGUCGGAAAGGGUAAAUCCUCCUUCGCCACCAAACCUGUCCAGUGCAAGGAUGAGCUUGAACCGCCCACUCUGGACCUGGACUUCAGGGACAAGAUGAUGGUGAAAGUGGGAGACACCUGCACACUGUCAGGACGCUACGGCGGCAAACCAGCGCCAACUAUCACCUGGAAGAAGAACGACGAGGAGCUGAAGGCGGAUGACGAGAUCAGUCUGCACAGCACCGCCCGCCACCUGAGCCUCACCAUCAGCAAGACCAAGAGGGAUCACAGUGGGCACUACGGUGUCAGCGUGGAGAAUGCUGCCGGAACUCGCACAGGAAUCUGUACCAUCAUUGUGGUCGACCGUCCACAACCUCCAGAGGGCCCCGUCAUAUUCAACGAGAUCUACAGGAACUGCAUGGUGAUCUCCUGGAACCCUCCACUGGAUGACGGAGGCUGUGCCGUCUCCAACUACAUCAUUGAGAAGAGAGACACCAACAGAGACCUGUGGAUGCCAAUCACUGCCUCCUGCACCAGGACCACCUGCAGGGUGCCAAAGCUGAUCGAAGGUCGUGAUUAUAUCAUCAGGAUCAUGGCUCAGAACAUCUACGGCAUCAGUGAGCCCCUGCUGUCCGCAGAAACCAAGGCCAGAGACAUCUUCAGGGUGCCCGACGCUCCUAAACAGCCCACAGUGAAGGAGGUCUAUCAUGACUCUGCCCUCAUCAGCUGGGAGCCACCUGCUGAUGGAGGAAAGCCAAUCACAGGCUACAUUGUGGAGAGGAAGGAGACCAUGGCCAAGAGGUGGGUUCGCUGCAACACAGACAGAAUCUUUCCGAAGGUAGAGUACUGGGUGACAGAGCUGCUACAGGGCUGUGAGUACGAGUUCAGAGUCAGCGCUGAGAAUGUGGUGGGAGCCGGAGACCCGAGCCCACCGUCCAAACCUGUCUUCUCCAAAGAUCCCAUCGUGAAACCAAGUCCACCGCUGAACCUUGAGGCCAUUGACUUCACCAAGGAGUCAGUGACUGUGUCCUGGGAGCCGCCUGCUGACACUGGCAGAGGAAAGAUCUUCGGAUACCUGGUGGAGUACCAGAAGGCUGGAGAGGAGGAGUGGCUGCAGGGGAACCAGACUCCAGACUCCUGCCAGGAGACCAAGUUUAAAAUGGUCGGCCUGGCUGACGGAGCUCUGUACCGCUUCAGAGUCAUGGCUGUCAACGCUGCUGGAGUGUCUGAUCCGGCUAACUUGAAGGAGCCAAUCAGAGUGCAGGACAGACUUGAGCCCCCAGAGCUCAUUCUGGAUGCUUCAAUGACCCGCGAGGUGAAGGCCAGGGCCGGCACUCACAUCACUCUGAUGGCCGCCAUCAAGGGUGUCCCAUUCCCUACCGUCACCUGGAAGAAGAACGAUGCCGAGGUGCCCACCAGGGCUGACAUUGACACCAACACGGCAGGCACAAAGCUGGAGAUGAGGUUCUGUCACCGUGGUGACUGUGGAGAUUACACGCUUACCGUGGAGAACCCGGCCGGAUCCAAGACUGCCACCUGCACUGUGCUGGUUCUUGACAAACCUGGUCCCAUCCAGCACCUCCGGGUGUCUGACGUCAGGAGUGACUCUGCCUACCUCUCCUGGAAGGACCCAGAGGACAACGGUGGUAUUCGCAUCACUAACUUUGUGGUGGAGAAGAAAGACACGGCGUCCACUCAGUGGGUCCCCGUCUGCUCCACAUCCAAGAAACGCAGCAUGACGCUGAAGCACCUGAUGGAAGGCACAUCCUACACAUUCAGAGUUGCUGCUGAGAACAUAUACGGCCGGAGCGAAUAUGUCCAGACGCCGAAGGCCAUCAAGGCCAUGAACCCACUCUUCCCUCCUGGUCCUCCCAAAGACCUGCACCACACCGACGUGGACAAGACUGAGGUGUGGUUGGUCUGGAACUGGCCCGAUCGCAAUGGUGGAAGUGAGAUCACAGGCUUCCUGGUGGAGUAUCAGGAAGAGGGAGAGAAGGAGUGGUACGAGUGGAAGACUGUGAGCAUCCCUGAGAGUCAUGUGAAUGAAGGCUUGGAGGAGGGAAAGACCUACCGCUUCAGAGUGAGGGCUGAGAACGCCAUUGGCCUCAGCAGACCUGACACCACUGUACCUAUCCUCUGCCAGGAGAAACUGAUUCCUCCAAUUCUCGAGGUGGACGUUAAGUUCACUGAGGGCAUCAUCGUAAAGGCUGGCACCACCAUCAGGCUGCCAGCAAUCAUGAGAGGAAUGCCUGUUCCCAGCGCCAAGUGGUCCAUCGAAGGAGAGGAGAUCAAAAGCCAGGGUAACAUCAAGAUCGACACGGACAACUUCUCCACUGUGCUCAGCAUUAAUGAGUGCACCAGGAACCACACCGGCACCUACCUGCUCACUGUGUCCAACCCAGCUGGAACCAAGACGGUGGCCUUGAACGUCACUGUCCUGGAUGUUCCCGCUGCUCCCAUUGGACCUCUCAACAUCCUGGAGGUCACUCCGGACUCCAUGAUGAUUGAAUGGCGUCCUCCCAAAGACGAUGGCGGCAGCCCUGUCACCAACUACAUUGUGGAGAAGAGAGAGUCCAACAAGGGGACCUGGGGAGGUGUGAGCUCUGGCAGCCUUGCCACCAAGAUGAACAUCACCCGCCUCCAGAGGGGAGUUGAAUAUGUGCUUCGCAUUCGUGCUGAGAACAAAAUGGGCAUCGGUGCUCCUCUGGAGAGCAAGCCCACUGUCGCUGAGCACUCCUUCAUGCCACCCAGCCCGCCUGGCAAGCCACAGCCCUCUGAUAUUUCAGAGGAUUCUGUUACACUCGGCUGGACCAUGCCCCUGUCUGACGGAGGCAGCCAGAUCUUUGGCUACAUCAUUGAGCGCAGACACAAGGGGGGAAAAUGGAUCCGUGUAAACAAAAUACCCUGCAGGGACCUGAGGUACACAGUUCUGGGUCUGUUUGAGGGUAAUGAAUACGAGUUUAGAGUAUUUGCUGAGAAUGUUGCCGGCUACAGUGGCCCCUCUCCUGUCUCCGACCCCUGCAAGCCCUGCAGGCCCAUCACCGUCCCCAGCCCCCCUGUCAACCCCAAACUUAAAGAUUGCAGCAAGUCCACUGCUGACCUGGUUUGGACCAAACCCAACAAAGAUGGAGGCAGCCCUAUCCUGGGCUACAGUGUGGAAAUGAAGAAGGCAGAUACUGAAGAAUGGAAAAAGGUGAACCUGGAGGACUUCAUCAAGCAGUGUGCCUAUACGGUGAAGGGUCUGGAGGAGGGUGUGACUUACAGAUUCAGAGUCUUCGCCUCAAACAUGAUUGGAGAUGGAGAGCCCAGAGAAAUCCCAGAGUCCGUCACUGCUCAGGAUAUCCUGAUCCCUCCAGAGAUUGAGAUGGAUGCCAGCUGCCGCGAGCGCAUCACUGUGCGUGUCGGACACAACAUCAACAUCACUGGCUACAUCAAGGCUCGCCCCGACCCAGAAGUGCUUUGGUCAAAGGAGCAGACAGUUCUGGAGAAAAGCAAACGUGUCUUUAUCACGCAGAACCUCCCUCUGGUCCAUCUGAGGAUCAAGGAAGCCACAAGAGAUGAUCAUGGAAAAUAUAUCCUGAAGGCUUCAAAUGAGGGUGGCGAGGCAUCUUGCACAAUCACAGUCAAUGUUCUAGACAGACCCACUCACUGCCAGAACCUGCAUACCACCUAUGCCACUAGGGACUCAUGCAUGAUCAACUGGGAGGCCCCCAAGGACAAUGGUGGAUCCGAGAUCACCAACUACAUAGUGGAGUGCCGUGAGCCCAGCAUUAGCAUGUGGUCUAUGAUCACCUCCAACUGCACCAAUCGCAAGAUCAAGGCCAAGCUGAUGGAGGGCCAUGAGUACUUGUUCCGUGUCUGUGCUGUGAACAAGAUAGGCCCGGGACCCAGUGUGGAAACCAAGACCCCUCUGCUGGCAAUCGACCCCAUUGAGAAGCCUGGUGAGCCUGAGAACUUCAGAGUCACUGACAUUGGCAAGAACUACGUCUAUCUGAGAUGGAGGAAGCCUGACUAUGAUGGUGGCAGCCUCUACCUCUCCUACAACCUGGAAUGCAAAACCAAAGAUGCUGAAGAGUGGGAGAAACUCAACACCGGCACUCUCACUAACACAUUCUUCUUGGCUGACAAGUGUGUAGAGAACCAGACAUACACCUUCAGGGUGCAGACUGUCAAUGAAGGAGGUGAAAGUGCUUGGGUAAGACUUGCUGAUAUUCUGGUGAAGGAGGAGUUGCAGAAGCCUGUCCUGGAUCUGAAGCUGGCUGGAGCUUUGACAGUGAAGGCAGGAGAGUCAGUCAGGAUGGAGGCUGGCCUGAGAGGAAAGCCUCAGCCUGAGGUCAAAUGGACGAAAGACAAGGCUGUCGGAGACAACCCAAGAAUCAGCGUGGAAACUGGCCCUGACUACUCCAAGUUCCUUAUGACCAAGUCCAGACGCACCGACAGUGGAAAGUAUAUCAUCACUGCCACUAAUUCGCUGGGCACCUUCACGGCAUAUGCCACCGUUAAUGUCCUGGACGUCCCCGGCCCAGUGAGGGACCUCAGGGUUACUGGCCUCGGGUCCGACAAGUGCAGAGUGGUUUGGGAUGCUCCAGAGGAUGAUGGAGGUUGUGAGGUGGACAGCUACAUCCUGGAGAAAUGUGAGACCAGGAGGAUGGUCUGGUCCACAUACUCAGACUCUGUGGUCACACCGUACUGCAAUGUUACUCGUCUAGUGGAGAACAACGAGUACAUCUUCAGAGUGAGGGCUGAGAACAAGAUGGGAACCGGCCCCGCCAUGGAGAGCAAGCCCGUCACUGUCAAGACUCAGUUGAACAGACCUGGACCCCCAGAUGCCCCUGAGGUCACCAAGGUCAGUAAAGAUGAGAUGACCGUUGUUUGGGCUCCUCCUGAGAAUGAUGGAGGAAAGUCUAUUACCGGCUACAUCCUGGAGAGGAAAGAGAAGAGGGCAGUGCGCUGGGUGCCAUGCACCAAGAGCCCCAUCUCUGAGAGACGCAUGAAAGUUGCCAACCUGAUCCCCAAUCAUGAGUACCAGUUCAGGGUGAAGGCUGAAAAUGAAGUAGGCCUGGGAGAGCCCAGCAAACCCUGCAGACCAGUUGCAGCCAAAGAUCCCAUUGAGCCCCCUGGCCCUCCUGCAGGCCUGAAGGUGGGCGACAGCACCAAGACGUCUAUCACCCUGUCCUGGUCUAAACCAGUGUAUGACGGCGGUGCACCCAUCAUCGGCUACAGCCUGGACAUGAGGCUGAAGAGCGAGGCAGACCCUGAGAAGCCCACUGAGGGCUGGAAGAGAAUUGACACCCGUGGCCCAUUGGUGCUCACAGAGUUCACCAUCGGCCAGCUGGAUGAGAAGCAGGAGUAUGAAUUCAAGGUGUCCGCCAAAAACCAAGUGGGCUGGGGACGUCAUGCCUACUUGAAGGAGGCCGUCUCCCCCAAAGAGAUCCUGGAGGCUCCAGAGAUUGACCUGGACGCCAGUCUGAGGAAAGGUCUGUCCGUUAGGGCUGGAUGUCCAAUCAGGCUUUUUGCUGUGAUCAGAGGAAGACCCGCCCCCAGGGUUACCUGGAAGCGCUUGGGUGUGGACAACGUGAUACGCCGGGGUCAUGUGGACCAGGUUGACACCAUGUCCUUCCUGGUCAUCCCUGAGAGCACCAGAGAGGAUUCUGGGAGAUACUCGCUGACUCUGUCCAACUCAGCCGGAGAGAAAGCCGUGUUUGUUCGUGUCAAAGUCCUUGAUACUCCUGGUCCCGUUGGUGGCCUGGAGGCAACCAACGUUACCAAGAUGACAGCUCAGCUGUCCUGGUUGCCACCAGAAAAUGAUGGUGGCAGCCCCAUCCUCAACUACAUUGUGGAGAAACGGGAGGUGGACCGGAAGACCUGGAACAAGUGUAUAGAAGACCUGAAGAAGACUAGCUUUAAGGUGACCAACAUGACUCCUGGCAUCGAGUACUACUUCAGAGUCACAGCCUGCAACAAGUACGGCAUCGGAGUUCCUCAGGACUCACCCAAGUCCUAUCUGGCUGUUGACCCCAUCAGUGAGCCAGACCCUCCGAAGAAGAUGGACGUGUUGGAGAUCACCAAGAAUAGCGCCACACUGGGCUGGCUGAAGCCACUCAGGGACGGAGGAGCCAAGAUCAAUGGUUAUGUGGUGGACUACCAGGAGGAGGGUGCGCCUGAGGACAAGUGGACACCUUAUUCUGUGGUCAGAGACCUGACCAUCGUGGUGGUUGGCCUGAAAGAGGGAAAGAAGUACAAGUUCAGAGUGGCAGCCAGGAACUCAGUGGGAGUUAGCCUGGCCCGAGAGGCAGAGGGAGUGUUUGAGGUCAAGGAGCAGCUCAUGGCUCCUAAGAUCAUCAUGCCAGACAUCAUGACGUUCAGAGCUGGAUCCAAGAUGGUGGUUGAGGCCAUUGUGGCAGGUAAACCCCCUCCCCUCUGCAAGUGGAAGCAAGGCAACGAGGAUGUGCUGACCUCUGACCGGCUGUCCAUUGUAAAGACGCUGACAUCCUGCACGCUUAUCAUCAAGAAUGUGACAAGAAAGGACAGCGGCUACUACAGCCUGUCAGCCGAAAACAGCACCGGCAAGGUCAACCAGAUCCUCAGAGUCACCAUCAUGGACAUCCCUGGACCCCCUGAAGCUCCUCUAGAGAUCACUGAACAGGACAUUGAUGCCUGCACGCUGCUCUGGAACUCCCCACCGGAGGAUGGCGGCAGCAACAUCACCAACUAUAUUGUUGAGAAGUGUGACAUCAGCCAGGGUGACUGGAUCACCAUGUCCCCAUCCUGCACCAAAACCAGCUUCAGAGUUACCAAACUGACACCUGGCAAAGAGUAUGGCUUCAGAGUCCGUGCUGAGAACAGGUUCGGCAUCGGUGCACCCAUCUACUCUGAGAGGAUGAUUGCAAAAUAUCCAUUUGAUCCUCCCAGCGAGCCCAGAAACCUGCAGAUCAACAAGGUCUUCAAGGACUUCGUCAUCCUGUCAUGGGAGCGUCCCAGCAAUGACGGUGGAACCCCCAUCACUGGAUACUGCAUAGAGAAGAAGGAGAGGAACAGCAUCCUGUGGGUGAAGGCCAACGAGUCCGUGGUCAAAGCCACCCAGUACACCUGCAGCGGCCUGAUGGAGGGCCUGGAGUACACCUUCAGGGUGUCGGCACACAACUUGGCUGGACAGGGCAAACCCUGCAAGCAGACCGACUUCAUCACCGCCAGGACUGCAGUUGAGCCACCAGGUAAGCCCGAGCCCAUGGAUGUGACCAAGAACUCUGUCUUGCUUGUCUGGGGCCGUCCCAAGCAUGACGGUGGCAGCAAGCUGAUUGGCUACUUCAUGGAGUACAUGAAGCCUCCAGAGGAAAAGUGGGUACGCUGCAAUGCCAACUGCAUGAACAUCCAGACGGAAAGCUACGUGGUGAGCGGCCUGGAGGAGGGUCAGCGGUACCAGUUCAGAGUCAUCGCCAAGACGGCCAUCAAUACCAGCCUGCCAUCAGAGCUGUCCGACCCCAUUGCCAUCAUUGCAGAGAACGUUCCUCCUCGUGUGGAGCUUGGUGUCAAUAUGAAGAACCUGAUUGUGGUUAAAGCUGGAGAGAACAUCUCCCUGGAUGCUGAGGUGUUUGGCAAGCCACUACCCAAGGUUAGCUGGAAGAGAGACGGCGUGCCUCUGGUUCUCGCCGAAGGAAUGAAGAUGAGCCAGAAGAAACAUGUCCACCUGCUGGAACUGUUCUGUGUCACCAGGAGGGAAUCUGGAGACUACACCAUCACUGCUGAGAAUGCCCAUGGCUCCAAGUACGCCACCAUCAAGGUCAAGGUGCUUGAUAAACCAGGGCCCCCGGCCUCAAUCAAAAUCAGUAAGGUGUUUGCCGACCGCGUUAAGCUGCGAUGGGAGCCCCCACUCGCAGAUGGCGGCUCUGAGAUCACCAACUACAUCAUCGAGAAGCGUGAGACCAGCAGAGCCAACUGGGCGCUGGUCACCUCCAACAUCCAUGGACAUAUCACAGACACCUCAGUGGAGAAACUCAUUGAAGGACAUGAGUAUCAGUUCAGAGUCAGCGCUGAGAACCAGUAUGGUGUGGGAGAUGUCAUCAUGACAGACCCUGUCAUGGUCAAGAACCCGUACGAUGUUCCCGGUCCAUGCGAGCCACCCGUCAUCACCAACAUCACUAAGGACUCCAUGACAGUGAGCUGGAAGGCUCCAGCCAACGAUGGCAAAUCCCCCAUCCUGGGCUACAUGGUGGAGAAACGUGAAGCCACUGAGCUGACCUGGGCUAAGGUCAACCGCCGGCCAGUCAUCGACAGGACCAUCAAGGCCGCUCAACUGACAGAGGGCUCUGAGUAUGAGUUCAGAGUCAUUGCCAUUAACAAGGCCGGUCUGGGCAAACCCAGUGAUGCAUCUAACGCUGCACUGGCUGUUGAUCCAGUCUAUCCUCCUGGCCCACCUGCCUUCCCCAAGGUGGUGGACUCCACCAAGAGCUCCAUCAGCCUCAGCUGGACCAAACCAGCGUACGACGGUGGCUGCGAGAUCAUCGGCUACCUGGUGGAGUGCAAGAGAGUUGACGCAGAGCACUGGAAUAAGUGCAACAUCCCGAAAAAGCUCCAGGCCACCAAGUUCCUGGUGACAGGCCUGAUGGACAACACUGAGUACCAGUUCAGAGUUAAAGCCGUCAACAAGAUCGGUAUCAGCGAGCCCAGUGAAGUCCCUGGAAACCACAUGCCCAAGGACAUCCUGAUCGCUCCUGAAGCUGAGCUGGACGCUGACCUAAGAAAGGCUUUGGUUCUUCGAGCUGGAGUUACCAUGAGGCUCUACGUCCCAUUGAGAGGACGCCCGGCGCCGAAGGUGACGUGGACGAAGGUGGACGCUAACCUGAAGGACAGGCAGGGUGUGUUGAUUAAGACAUCAGAAUGGGACACCCUGCUGAUGAUCGAGGACAUUACCAGAUACGAUGCUGGCAAAUAUGUCCUGUCGCUGGAGAACAGCAGCGGCGCCAAGAGCUACACCAUUGUGGUCAAGGUCCUCGAUUCUCCUGGACCACCCCAGAACCUGACUGUGAAGGAGACCUCCAGGAGCCACGCCUUCAUCACCUGGGACGCCCCGCUGAUUGACGGUGGCAGCCCAGUCAAGAGCUACAUCGUAGAGAAGCGCCUGGCUGAAAGAAAGGCCUGGACCUGUGUGGCGCCAAACUGCCACAAGAUCUCCUACAGGAUCACAAAUCUGGAGGCGGGACAGGCCUACUGCUUCAGAGUGCUGGCUGAAAACGCCUACGGCAUCGGAGAGGGCUGCGAGACUGCCGGCAGCGUCCGAGCCUCAGAGCAACCUGGUCCAGUGAUGGAUUUCAAAGCCAAGAAGACCACCAAGAACUCGAUUGUCCUGGCCUGGAAGAAGCCCAUCAGCGACGGAGGAAGCUACGUUUCUGCUUAUAUCCUGGAGCAGAGCGAAGGCGAGGAGAAGUGGAAACAAAUCAUGAAGGGAAAGAACACCACACACACCAUCAGCGAGCUGACUGAGGGCAAGGAGUACUUAUUCAGAGUCAAGGCACUCAAUGAGUCCGGAGAGGGACCACCCACUGAGCUUGCUGUCGUCGCCAAGGACCAGUUUGUGCUGCCUGACUGCAACUUGAGUAAUCUGCAUGACGGUUGCUAUGUGGUGAAGGAGGGUAGCACCACGCGCAUCAACAUCCCCCUCAGUGGAAUACCUCUCCCCACUGCCACCUGGAAGAGGGGCGACGUGGGGCUUGGCGACACUGGCCGAAUGUGCGUGGAGGCAUCCCAUGGUGUCACCACUCUGCUGAUCAGAGACUGCCAGAGAGGAGAUGCUGAGACCUACACCAUCAAUGUCAAGAACAGUGCUGGCUCCAAGGACUGCAAGUUCCAGCUGAAGGUGGUUGGUAAGCCUGGCAUCUGUACUGGACCCAUUAAUUUUGACGAGAUCACUGCCGAUGCCAUGACCCUGGAGUGGGGACCGCCUGCAGAUGAUGGUGGUGCAGAAGUGUCCAACUACAUUGUGGAGAAGAGGAGGACAACAGACAACAAGUGGGCCACAGUGGCUUCAGCUAUUCAGAAGACCACCAUGAGGGUGAUCAGGCUCCAUGAGGGAAAAGAGUACAUCUUUAGAGUGUUUGCUGAGAACAAGUAUGGAGUUGGAGAGUAUCUGAGGUCUGACCCAGUCAUUGCCCAGCAUCCAUUUGAUGUGCCUGGGGCACCUGCUCCUCCAGAAAUAGCGAGCAUCCGCCAUGAGUCAGCUAUCUUGACUUGGGCUGAUCCAAAGGACAGCGGUGGCUCCCCAGUUACUGGAUAUCAUGUGGAGUUCAAGGAGAGGAACAGUCUGAUGUGGAAACGGGCCACUAAGACUCCUCUGAGACUGAAGGAGUGCAGAGUUACUGGCCUGAUCGAGGGACUCGAGUAUGAGUUCAGGGUGAUGGCCAUGAACAUGGCCGGCUUAGGAAAGCCAAGCAAGGUUACUGAGGCUGUGGUUGCCCUUGAUCCUAUUGAUCCUCCUGGCAAGCCUGAAGUGAUUAAUGUCACCAGGACCACAGUCACUCUGAUAUGGACCGCUCCCAAAUAUGAUGGUGGCCACAAGCUGACUGGCUACAUGGUGGAGAAGCUGGAGGCUGGCGGCAAGACCUGGAUGAAGGCCAAUCAUGUUAACAUCCAGAUUUGUGCCUUCACUGUCAGUGACCUGACAGACGGAGCUCAGUAUCAGUUCAGGAUAAGGGCCAAGAAUUCUGCCGGAGCUAUCAGUCCUCCUUCAGAGGUUACUGAGCUUCUGACCUGCAAGGAUGAGUAUGAGCCACCGACCAUCACCAUUGACCCAGACAUGAAGGACGGUGUAUCAGUCAAGGCAGGAGACACCAUUGUGAUCUCAGCCUCCAAGAUUGUGGGCAAACCUCCACCCACUGCUGUCUGGUCGAAGGGAGGCCGUGAGUUCAAGACCUCUGACGUUGUCACCAUCACUAGCACCCCAACCUCCUCCACUCUUGCUAUCAAGUAUGCAAGCCGGAAGAACACAGGAGAAUACACCAUCACUGCCAGCAAUCCCUUUGGCAUUAAGGAAGAACAUGUAAAGGUGAAGGUCCUUGAUGUGCCUGGAGCUCCAGGCCCCAUCGAAGCCAGUAACAUUUCAGCUGAGAAGUGUACUCUGACCUGGCUUCCACCAGAGGAGGAUGGAGGCUCCGCUAUCAAGUCCUACACCCUUGAAAAGAGAGAGACCAGCCGCCUGCAGUGGACCAAGUUAGCUGAAAACAUUGUGGACUGCAGACAUGUAGCCCACAAACUGAUCAAGGGCAACGAGUACAUCUUCAGGGUGUUUGCUGUGAACCAGUAUGGCAUCGGAGACUCAAGCCAGUCUGGUCCAAUCAAAAUGGUUGACAGUUUCAGCCCACCAGGCCCACCCUCAGUCCCAGAGAUUGAUAACGUCAGUAGGAACGCUGUCACCAUUUCAUGGAAGAGACCAGUACGGGAUGGAGGAAGUGACAUUAGAGGAUAUUGUGUCGAGAGGAAAGAGAGGAAAGGAAUGCGAUGGGUGAGAGCCUCUAAGAGGACAAUCCCUGACCUGCGCUUUAAGGUGCAGGGUCUAACUGAGGGAGUAGAGUAUGAGUUUAGAGUCACUGCUGAGAACAAGGCUGGAUUUGGGGAGCCAAGUGAGCCCACACACCCUGUGAUGACCAAGGACAUUGUGUAUCCACCUGGUCCUCCAUCCAACGCCAGAAUUACAGACACCACAAGAACCACAGCUACCUUCGCCUGGGGCAAACCCCACUAUGAUGGUGGUCUUGAUGUAGAGGGAUAUAUUGUUGAGUACAAAAAGGAGGGACAUGAUGACUGGGAAGUGGAGACACAGUAUCCAGUAAAAAUUACUGAAUAUGUUAUUGGUAAACUUCAAAAAGGAGGCAAAUACCAUUUCAGGGUCAGUGCUAUAAACUCAGAGGGCGUUGGCGAACCUGCAGAGAUUGAGAAAGUGACUGAACUGGUGGACCAGGAGUCUUUGCCAGACUUUGAGCUGGAUGCUGAAUUAAGGAGAACCCUGGUGGUCAGGUGCCGUGCUUCAAUCCGUAUGUUUGUUCCCAUCAAGGGUCGUCCUGUUCCUGAAGUAACCUGGAGCAAAGAUGAUACCAACCUGAAAACACGUGCACACAUUGACACCACAGAGUCCUACACUCUACUGGUUAUUCCUGACUGCACUCGAUACGAUGCUGGAAAAUACAACCUGUGUCUGGAGAAUGUUGCUGGAAAGAAAACCGGCUUUGUUAAUGUGAGAGUUUUGGACACUCCAGGACCACCAGUCAACGUCAAGCCGAGAGAGAUCACCAAGAACAGCAUCACCCUCCAGUGGGAAAUCCCUAUAAUCGAUGGUGGUUCUAAGAUUAAGAACUAUGUUAUUGAAAAGAGAGAGGCUACCAAGAAAGCCUACACAGUGCUUAGCACUACAUGGCAGAAGUGUUCCUUCAAGUUUACAGACCUUGAGGAGGGAGCUUACUACUAUUUCCGUAUCUCUGCUGAAAAUGACCUGGGUGUAGGCGAGCCCGCUGAAUCCCCUGAGCCAAUCAGGGUGUCCCAGGCCCCAUCUCCACCAGAAAACUUGUAUGUCACAGAUGUGACAGCUGACAGUGCCAGCCUGGCAUGGACCAAGCCCUUGCAUGAUGGUGGCAGCUUGAUCACUGGAUACGUCAUUGAGGCCCAGAAGAAGGAUACUGACCAGUGGGUCCAUGUGGCCACCAUAAAGGCUCUGGACUACAUUGUAACAGAUCUGAUUGAGGGUGCAGAAUAUACCUUCCGCAUAAUGGCUGUCAAUGCAUCAGGCAGGAGCGACCCACGUGAAAGCAGGCCUGCUAUUAUCAAAGAGCAGACUUCUCCUCCUUCAUUUGACUUGCGUGGAGUCUAUCAGAAGACGGUUAUUGUCAAGGCAGGGGACCGUGUCAAGGUGGAGAUUCCAGUGCUGGGCAAACCCAGACCUGUGGUUUCCUGGAAGAAGGGAGACAUAGCACUCAGGGAGACACAGAGAAUCAACACUGAAGUCACACCAACAUCGACUAUCCUCAACAUUAAUGAGAUCAAGAGGACUGAUGCAGGCCAGUAUUCUAUGACUGGAAAGAACAUGCUGGGUACAGUGACUGAGACGAUCACAGUCCUGGUCCAUGACAUUCCAGGUCCUCCCACUGGUCCCAUCAAGCUGGAAGAGGUCUCCUGUGAUUAUGUUCUCAUAUCCUGGGAGGCACCAGAAAGUGAUGGAGGUGUUCCCAUCAACAACUAUAUUGUUGAGAUGCGGGAGACUACUGGUACUUCCUGGGUGGAGUUGGCAGCUACAGUAAUCCGCACCACAUUUAAAGCAGCCAGACUCAAUACUGGAACUCAAUAUCAGUUCCGUGUCAAGGCCCAGAACAGAUAUGGCAUUGGACCAAGCAUUAUCUCUGAGCCAGUGGUUGCUGCCUAUCCAUUUGAUGUGCCAGGCCAGCCAGGCAUUCCUGUGGUCACAUCUUUUAACAAGGAUGCUAUGACUCUGAGCUGGAAUGAGCCUUCCUCUGAUGGAGGCAGUCCCAUCCUUGGCUAUCAUGUGGACAGAAAAGAGAAAAACAGCAUUCUAUGGCAGAGGAUCAGCAAAGCUCUUGUUAUCGGAAAUAUCUUCAAAUCAACAGGCCUUGUUGAUGGAAUUGCAUAUGAACACCGUGUUACUGCUGAAAACAUGGCCGGUCUCAGCAAACCAAGCAAACCCUCUGAGCCUAUGUAUGCUUUGGACCCAGUUGACGCACCAGGCAGGCCUGUGGCAUUGAAUAUUACCAGACAUGAGGUGACAGUGUCAUGGACCAAACCAGAGGGAGAUGGUGGAUUUUCCAUCACUGGAUACACAGUAGAGAGGAGAGAGAUGCCCAAUGGACGCUGGCUCAAAGCCAACUUCAACAACAUCCUAGAAACCAUCUACACAGUCAGUGGUCUGACCGAAGAUGCAACUUAUGAAUUCCGUGUGUUUGCUAGAAAUUCAGCUGGUGCUGUUAGUGCUCCAUCCCAGCCAUCAGAGGCAAUCACAUGCAGAGAUGACCUUGAAGAGCCCAGGCUUGAUGUUGACGCAUUGUAUAGCAGCAAUGUUAUUGUCAUGGCAGGAGAGGUAUUCAAGCUGGAGGCCAGUGUGACUGGCAGGCCCCUCCCAUCUCUGGUAUGGACCAAGGAAGGAAAGGAGCUUGAGGAUACAGCCAAGAUAGAGAUAAAGACAACAGACUUCCACACAACUCUGGUAAACAAAGAUUCCCUGAGAAGAGAUGGAGGUGCUUAUACUCUGACUGCCAGCAAUCCCGGUGGCUUUGCAAAGUUCACCUUUAAUGUCAAGGUGCUCGACAGACCUGGACCACCAGACUCCCUCACUGUUACUGACGUCACUGCUGAGAAAUGCGUCCUUAACUGGCUGCAUCCAACACAUGAUGGCGGUGCCAAGAUCGAAUACUUUAUCAUUCAGAGGCGUGAGACCAGUAGGUUGGCAUGGACAAAUGUGGCCACAGACCUUCAGGCAAACAGGUUCAAGGUCACCAAGCUUCUGAAGGGCAACGAAUACAUCUUUAGAGUCAUGGCUGUUAACAAGUAUGGUGUAGGUGAACCCCGGGAGUCUGAACCUAUCAUUUGUACCAACCCCUAUGUCCCCAGUGACCCACCACAGCAGCCUGAAGUUACCACCAUUACCAAGGACUCCAUGGUUGUCUGCUGGGAGCGCCCUGAACACGAUGGAGGCAGCAGUAUAAACACCUACAUAAUUGAGAGAAGGGAUAAGACUGGCCUGCGCUGGGUAAAGUGCAACAAGAGGACUGUAACUGACCUGCGAUUCAAGGCCUCUGGCCUCACACCUGGACAUGAGUAUGAAUUCAGAGUUUUUGCACAGAAUAAUGCUGGUCUAAGCCAGCCUAGUCCUUCGAGUCCAUUCUACAAAGCUGAGGACACCAUCUUCCAGCCUGGACCUCCAGGGAAUCCCAGAGUUCUUGACACAACCAAGUCUUCCAUUACCCUUGCCUGGAACAAACCUGUCUAUGAUGGCGGUUCUGAAAUCACUGGUUACAUAGUGGAGACCUGCCUUCCUGAGGAGGAUGAGUGGACUAUUCACACUCCCAAAAAGGGAUGGGUAGCCACUUCCUUUACCAUCACCAACUUGAAAGAAAACCAGGAGUACAAAAUCAACAUCUGUGCCACUAAUUGUGAGGGAGUGGGAGAGCCUGCUGCUGUUCCUGGAACCCCUAAGGCUGAAGACAGAUUGCUUCCUCCAGAAAUUGAACUUGGAGCAGAGCUGCGUAAGGUGGUCUGCAUCCGAGCCUGUAGCACACUCAGACUCUUUGUUCCCAUUAAGGGUAGACCAGUACCUGAAGUUAAAUGGUCAAGAGAGCAUGGAGAAUCUCUGGACCGAGCUAACAUUGAAAUCACUUCAUCAUUCACCACCCUUCAGAUAGACAAUGUUGACAGAUUUGAUGCAGGUAAAUACAUAGUGACUGUGGAGAAUGCCUCGGGAAGUAAAUCAGCCUUUGUUAAUGUCAGGGUGCUAGACACUCCCGGAGCACCACAGAACCUGAUUGUCAAGGAGGUCACUAAAGAUUCAGUUUCCCUUGUUUGGGAUGCACCUCUCAUUGAUGGUGGCUCCAGGGUCCGCAGCUACAUUGUUGAGAAGCGUGAGUCAACCAGAAAGGCCUACUCAACAGUCUGUGCCAGCUGCCCUAAGUCUAGUUGGAAGGUUGGUAACUUGGAGGAAGGAAAGAUGUACUCUUUCAGAGUCCUGGCUGAGAAUGAAUUUGGCAUUGGCCUCCCAGUAGAGACUGUUGAACCAAUUAAAGUGUCUGAGAAACCUCUACCACCAGGCAAAGUGUCCGUUCGUGAAGUUACCAGCUCCAGUGUCACACUAACUUGGGAAAAGCCUGACCAUGAUGGUGGCAGCAGAAUCACAGGGUACAUUGUUGAAAUGCAGGGUAAAGGCAGUGAGAAAUGGACCCAGGUCAUGGUGGUAAAGACCAAUGAGGCUGUUGUAACUGGCCUUACACGGGGAGAGGAGUACAUGUUCCGUAUCUCAGCCACCAAUGAAAAGGGAGUUAGUGACCCACGUUCACUCAAUGUGCCUGUUGUGGCUAAAGACCUAGUCAUCUCACCAACCUUCAAACUUCUUUUCAGCACAUUUAGUGUGCUAGCAGGAGAUGAUCUGAAGAUAGAUGUACCAUAUGUUGCCUGUCCCAAGGCUACAGCAACUUGGCUCAAAGAUGGUGUUGCUCUCAAGGAGACAACAAGAGUUAAUGCUGAAGCCACUGACAAAAACCUUCUCCUAGUUAUUAGGGAUGCUUGCAGAGAUGAUGUGGGCACAUAUACUGUCAAACUGAACAAUAUAGCUGGAGAGGCAUCAACAGACAUCAGUGUUGUUGUUCUAGAUAAGCCUGGACCCCCAACUGGCCCAAUUAAGCUGGAUGAAGUCACUGCUGACAGUGUGGUCCUUUCCUGGAAUCCACCAGAGUAUGACGGCGGUUGUGCUAUCAACAAUUACAUUGUUGAAAAGAGAGACACAUCUACCACUAACUGGCAGAUUGUCUCAGCUACUGUGGCCAGAACCACUAUCAAGGCAGCCCGUCUUAAGACUGGAGUUGAGUACCAGUUUAGAAUUGCUGCAGAGAAUAGAUAUGGCAAGUCCUCAGUGCUGGUUUCUGAUACCAUUGUUGCUCAGUAUCCAUUUGAAGUACCUAGCUCACCACGUUCUGUUGUGGUCCAGUCAGUCACCAAGGAGAGUAUGGUGGUUGUAUGGGAGAAACCUAGCAAUGAUGGUGGAAGCAAAAUUCUGGGCUACCACUUGGAGCUUAAAGAGAGAAACAGUAUACUGUGGGUGAAACAGAAUAAACAACUUAUCCCAGAGACCAGAUUUAAGGCUGUUGGCCUUGAGGAGGGUAUCGAUUAUGAGUUCAGAGUCUAUGCUGAGAACAUUGUUGGUGUCAGCAAAGCCAGCAAAGUGAGUGAAAUGCAAGUGGCCAGAGAUCCUUGUGACAGACCAGGAAAACCAGAGGCUGUGAUUGUCACAAGAAACCAAGUGACACUCAGAUGGACUAAACCUGAAUACGAUGCAGGCAUCAAGAUCACAGGCUAUGUGGUUGAGAAAAAGGAAGGAGCUGGCCGAUGGAUGAAGGCGAGUUUCGCCAACAUCUUAGAGACAGAAUUUGUUGUCACAGGACUUACUGAGGAUCAGAUUUAUGAGUUCCGUGUCAUCGCCAGAAAUGCAGCAGGUGUCUUCAGCCAGCCAUCUGAUUCUACUGGAGCCAUCACUGCCAAGGAUGAGGUGGAUCCACCCAGGAUUGACUUAGAUACUAAGUACUCCCAGGCUGUGGUGGUAAACGCUGGAGAGACAUUUAGGCUUGAGGCUGCUAUCUAUGGUAAGCCUGUGCCCACAGUACACUGGCUGAAGGAGGGCCAAGAAAUUACUGAAGCAGCUCGCUUAGAGCUCAAGAACACAGACUUUACAGCUUGUCUAGUUGUUAAAGAAGCUAUCCGUGUUGAUGGAGGUCAGUACACUUUACUCAUAAAGAAUGUUGGAGGAGAGAAAUCUAUUAACAUUAAUGUAAAGGUCCUGGACAGACCAGGUCCACCUGAAGGCCCUAUCUCCAUCUAUGGGGUCACCAGUGAGAAAUGCUCCAUUGCCUGGAAACCUCCCUUGCAAGAUGGAGGUAGCGAUGUUUCCCAUUACAUUGUUGAGAGAAGGGAAACCAGCCGACUGGUAUGGACAGUAGUUGAACCAAAAGUUCAGACACUAAACCUGAAGAUCACAAAACUUCUUCCUGGUAAUGAGUACAUCUUUAGAGUGAUUCCUGUCAACAAAUAUGGAGUUGGUGAGCCUCUGGAAUCUGAGUCAAUGGUUGCCAAAAAUCCAUUUGUCACUCCCAGCCCACCAACAGAGGUAGAAGUCUCCACAAUCACCAAAGACUCCAUGGUAGUGACCUGGGAGAGACCAACUAAUGAUGGUGGCAGUCCUAUCCAGGGAUACAUUGUUGAGAAACGUGACAAGGACGGUGUGAGAUGGACUAGAUGCAAUAAGCGCACAGUGAGUGAGCUGCGCUUCAGAGUAACAGGCCUCCUAGAAAACCACAGCUAUGAAUUCAGAGUUGCUGCUGAAAAUGCUGCAGGUGUUGGCACACCUAGUGCACCAACAGUGUACUACAAAGCAUUGGAUCCUAUCUUCAAAGCAGGUCCACCAAACAACCCCAAAGUGGUGGACACAUCUAGGUCCACUGUUUCCCUGACAUGGGGCAAACCUAUCUAUGAUGGUGGUUGUGAGAUUCAGGGUUACAUUGUUGAGGCCUGCAAUACAGUAACUGAUGAGUGGUUUAUGUGCACUCCUCCAACUGGCAUCAAGGACACUAAGUUUACAGUGAAAAAGCUUCUUGAGAAGCACGAGUACCAAUUCAGAGUGUGUGCCAUCAACAAAGUUGGUGUUGGAGAGCAUGCUGAUGUUCCAGGAAAAAUUCUACUGGAGGAGAAGCUUGAGGCUCCCGAUCUUGACCUGGAUGCUGAUAUGAGAAAGAUGAUCAACAUAAGAGCAGCAAGUACUCUCAGGUUGUUUGUUCCUGUGAGAGGUCGCCCAGCUCCUGAGGUGAAAUGGGGCAAGGCUGAGGGCGAGAUUAAGGAGACUGCCCAGAUUGACUGUACGGGCAACUAUGCUUCACUUGUCAUCGAGAAUGUUGACAUAUUUGACACUGGCAAGUACACCCUGACUGCAGAGAAUGCCAGCGGAGUGAAGUCAGUCUUUAUCAGUGUCAGAGUCCAGGACGCACCUAGUUCACCAACUAACUUGUUGGUGAAAGAGAUUACAAAGAAUUCUGUCAGUCUCACAUGGGAGCCUCCACUUCUGGAUGGUGGCUCAAAGAUAAAGCAUUAUAUCGUUGAAAAGCGUGAGAGCACUAGGAAAGUUUAUUCUCCAGUUACCACCUGUAACAGGAUGUCAUGGAAAGUUGAGCCUCUUCCAGAGGGUGGAAUCUUCUUUUUCAGAGUCCUUGCUGAAAAUGAAUAUGGUGUGGGUCUCCCCAUUAAAACUACAGAACCAAUUAAGAUAUCUGAAAAGCCUCAGCCACCUGGUAAAGUCAGUGUUGUUGACGUCACUCGUAACUCUGUAACUCUAAGCUGGGAGAAGCCUGAGCAUGAUGGCGGCAGUAGGAUCAGUUACUAUGAAAUUGAACUGGCACCUAAGGACAGUGAAACUUGGUCUGUGUGCGCUAGUGGGAAGGCACUGGAAGCUGUAGUGACAAAUCUACUUAAGGGAGAGGAGUAUCAGUUCAGAGUUAUUGCUGUAAAUGACAAAGGUAAAAGUGACCCCAGACAACUGGUUCAAACAGUUGUAGCAAGGGACCUUGUGAUUGAGCCUGCUGUUAGACCCAAAACGAGCACCUACCAUGUCCAGGUGGGGUAUGAUCUCAAGAUAGAGGUCCCAGUUGCUGGUCAUCCAAAACCAACCAUCACUUGGACCAAGGAUGGAGCAGCUCUCAAGCAAACCACCAGAGUCAAUGUCACUGACUCACUACGUCUCACCACUCUCACCAUAAAGGACGCUACCAAGGAGGAUGGAGGCAUGUACAGCAUCAAUGUUACCAAUACCCUGGGUUCCAAGGAUGCUACAAUUGAAGUGAUCACCCUGGACAAACCAGGUCCACCAACAGGCCCUGUCAAAUUGGAGGACAUCAGUGCUGAGAGUAUUACUCUCAGCUGGGAUUCUCCUACAUAUACAGGUGGCUGCCCAAUCUCCAAUUACGUGGUUGAGAAGAGAGAUACAACCACAACCAACUGGGUGGUUGUAUCUGCCACUGUGGCCAGAACCACACUAAAAGUGACCAAUCUGAAGACAGGCAGUGAAUACCAGUUCAGAAUCUAUGCUGAGAAUAGAUAUGGAAGGAGUUAUGCAAUUGAUUCGGAGCCUGUUGUGGCACAGUACCCAUUCCAGGAGCCUGGCCCACCAGGAACACCAUUUGUAUCUUCAUAUGCUAAAGACUAUAUGGUGGUUGAGUGGCACAAACCCCCAUCUGAUGGAGGCAGUGCCAUUUUAGGCUAUCAUCUGGAGAGGAAAGAGAAGAACAGUAUCCUCUGGACCAAGAUCAACAAAAUGCUCAUCCAAGAUUGCAGGUUCAAAUCUACUCCUCUUGAGGAAGGCAUUGAGUAUGAGUACAGAGUUUAUGCAGAGAAUAUUGUUGGCAUUGGAAAAUGCAGCAAAGUCUCUGAAGUUUAUGUAGCCCGCGACCCAUGUUAUCCUCCUGGCCGUCCUGAUGCUGUGAUUGUGACCAGGCACUCAGUGAAGCUGAGAUGGACCCCUCCAGAGUAUGAUGGUGGAAGCUUGGUUACUGGCUAUGUAGUGGAGAAACGUGACCUUCCUGAAGGAAAGUGGAUGAAGGCCAGCUUUGCAAACGUCAUUGAACAUGAAUUCACAGUUACUGGCCUGGCAGAAGACAGUAAAUAUGAUUUCAGAGUAAUUGCAAGGAAUGCAGCCGGUGCUGUCAGCAAGCCCUCAGAAAGCACAGGAUCCAUCACAGCCAAGGAUGAAGUUGACCCACCUAAGUGUGAGACAGAUCCUAUGUACAACCAGACCAUUGUUAUCAAUGCUGGAGAGACUUUCAGUCUGGAGGCCAGUGUGGAAGGAAAGCCCAUCCCCACAGCUCAGUGGUUCAAGGGAAAUGUUGAAGUUGAAAACUCAGCAAGAGCUGAGAUCAAAAAUACAGAUUUCAAGGCUUUGCUGGUUGUGAAGGAUGCCAUCAGAGUGGAUGGUGGACAGUACACGCUGGUUCUGACUAAUGUGGCUGGAACUAAGACUGUUCCAUUCAGUGUAAAGGUCCUGGAUAGACCAGGCCCCUCAGAGGGACCUAUUACUGUCAGCAAUGUCACUGAGGAGAAGUGUUCACUGUCAUGGCUGCCUCCCAGGCACGAUGGAGGAGCUAGCAUUUCUCACUACAUCAUUCAGAAGAGAGAAACCAGUCGCUUGGCAUGGACUGUGGUCUCCAGUGAUUGUGGAGCUACCAUGAUUAAGGUUACCAAACUGUUGAAGGGCAAUGAGUACAUCUUCAGAGUCAUGGCUGUUAACAAAUAUGGUGUGGGCGAGCCUCUUGAGUCAGCAGCAGUUAUCAUGAGAAAUCCGUUUGUUCCUCCUGGCUCACCUCAGGAGUUGGAGAUCACCAACAUUACUAGGGACUCCAUGACUGUCUGCUGGAACCGCCCUCAGACCACUGGAGGCAGUGAGAUUGUUGGUUAUAUUGUUGAGAAGAGAGACAGAGCUGGAGUGAGAUGGACCAAGUGCAACAAACGCAGAGUGACAGACUUGCGUUUCAGAGUAACAGGACUGACUGAGGACCAUGAGUAUGAAUUCAGGGUAUCUGCUGAGAAUGCUGCUGGAGUGGGUCAACCAAGCCCACCUACACCAUACCUCAAAGCCUGUGACCCCAGCUUUGAACCUGGUUGUCCUUCCAAUGUCCAUGUGGUCGACACGGCCAAAGACACCAUCACUGUAGCCUGGCACCGGCCUAUCUAUGAUGGUGGUUGUGAGAUUCAAGGAUACGCAGUGGAAAUUACCAAGGCUGAUGAGGAGGAGUGGACCAUAUGCACCCCACCCAUGGGAGUUAAUGCAACCAAGUUUACCAUCAAAAAGUUGAUAGAGCACCAGGAAUACAAGGUGCGCAUAUGUGCCAUCAAUAAGCUUGGUGUUGGUGAGCCCACUGAGCUCGAGGGAGUUGUGAAACCUUUGGAUAAGAUUGAUCCUCCAGAGAUGAUUUUAGAUUCAGAGCUCAGGAAGGGAAUAGUUGUCCGUGCAGGAGGCUCAAUGAGAAUCUGCAUUCCAUUCAAGGGCCGUCCUACUCCUGAGAUCACCUGGGCCAAGGAGGAUGGAGAGCUGCCCACUAAAGUUCAGAUAGAGAGUGGUGAAGAAUAUACACAGCUCUCCAUCGACAUCUGUGACAAAUAUGAUGCUGGAAAAUACAUCCUCAAAUUGGAAAAUAGUGCUGGCACCAAAUCAGCCUUUGUCUCAGUUAGAGUUCUGGACACUCCAGGGGCUCCUCUGAAUCUAACAGUUAAAGAUAUUAAGAGAGAAAGCGUCACUCUGACCUGGGAGCCUCCUCUUAUUGAUGGUGGUGCAAGAAUCAAGAAUUACUUGGUUGAAAAGCGCGAGUCUACCAGAACAGUUUACUCUAACGUGGACAACAAGUGCACAAAGACAAGCUAUCGUGUCACUGGCCUCACUGAGGGAACUAUCUACUAUUUCAGAGUCUUAGCAGAGAAUGAGUUUGGCGUGGGACAGGCAGCUGAGACAGAGGACUCAGUUAAGACCUCUGAGCCUCCUCUGUCAGUGGGUAAGGUCACUUUGACUGAAGUGACCAAAAAAUCUGCCUCACUCUCUUGGGAGAAGCCAGACCAUGAUGGAGGCAGCAGGAUCAUGGGCUACUACAUUGAGAUGCAGCCUGUGGGUUCAGAGGAAUGGGUGGUGGCCGCCACAACCAAAACUUGCGACGGCACUGUUACAGGCCUUAGCCCAGGCCAUGAGUAUCUGUUUAGAGUGUCAGCUUUCAAUGAGAAGGGCAAGAGUGACCCCAGGCCUCUGGCUGCCCCAGUCACGGCUAAAGACGUAACUAUUGAGCCCAGAUUCAAGAUGACAUUCAACACUUACAGUAUACAGAAUGGUGAGGAUCUGAAGAUUGAGAUUCCAGUGAUUGGACGCCCUGUUCCCAAAGUUGAAUGGAAGAAGGAUGGGCAGGCUAUUAAGGAGACAACCAGACUAAAUGUAUCCAGUACACCAUCAUCUACUAAGCUGGCCAUCAAGGAUGCAAAUAGGGAAGACUCUGGUAAAUACACCAUCACCGCCACCAGCAGUGUUGGAACAGCAACAGAGGAGGUCACUGUCAUCAUUCUUGAUAAGCCUGGCCCACCCACAGGCCCUGUGAAGAUUGAGGAGGUGAGCUCUAAUUUUGUCACUUUCUCCUGGGAGCCACCAGAGUAUACUGGAGGCUGUCAGAUCAACAACUACAUUGUGGAGAAGAGAGACACCACCACGACUGCAUGGCAGAUUGUGUCUGCUACUAUUGCCAGGUCAACUAUCAAAGUCACUAACUUGAAGACUGGCACUGAGUAUCAAUUCAGAGUGUCUGCUGAGAAUAGAUAUGGAAAGAGUUCUGCCAUUGUCUCUCCCACUGUUAUUGCUCAGUAUCCAUUCAGUGAGCCUGCGGCCCCAGGAACACCAGUUGUUUCUGCUGCAACCAAGGAUAACAUGGUUGUUGAGUGGAAACCUCCCACCAACAAUGGAGGCAGCCCCAUCAUAGGCUAUCACCUUGAGAGAAAAGAAAAGAACAGUCUUUUGUGGACCAAACUCAAUAAGCUUUUAAUCCCAGAAACACGUUUCAAGACUACAGAGCUGGAAGAAGGUAUUGAGUAUGAAUUCAGAGUUUAUGCUGAGAACAUUGCUGGACUUAGCCCAGCUAGCAAGGUCUCUGAGAGCACAGUAGCCAGGGACCCCUGUGACCCACCAGGCACUCCUGAGGCUAUUAAUAUCACCAGAAAUCUUGUAACACUUCAGUGGACUAGGCCUCAGUAUGAUGGAGGCAGUGCAAUCACUGGCUAUUUGAUCGAGAGGAGAAAGCACCCAGAUACCCGCUGGAUGAAGGCCAGCUUCACCAACAUCAUUGAUACGCAGUACACACUCACUGGCCUGACUGAGGACUGUGUUUAUGAAUUCAGAGUCAUUGCCAGGAACGCUGCUGGCAUUUCCAGCCGUCCCUCUCAGAGCACAGGAGAAAUCACAGCCAAAGAUGAAAUUGUGGCUCCGGAGGCCACUUUGGAUUCUAAAUUCAAGGAUACGACUGUUGUUAAUGCUGGUGAGACUUUUGUCAUUGAUGCUGACUACACUGGCAAGCCUCUACCUGAAGUCAUUUGGUUAAAGGACGGAAAGGAGAUUGAUAAAACCACACCAAGAAUGGAGGUCAAGACCACACUUACACGUACCAUCCUAACAGUCAAGGAUUGCAUCAGAGUGGAUGGUGGUCAUUUCACCCUCAAACUUGUCAAUGUGGGAGGAGUCAAAAUGAUCCCAGUUAAUGUUAAAGUUCUGGAUAGACCCGGACCUCCUGAUGGCCCACUAGAAGUCAAGGGGGUCACAGCCGAGAAAUGUUAUCUGCACUGGAGCCAUCCCUCACACGAUGGUGGAGCUGCUAUCUCUCACUACAUCAUUGAGAAGAGAGAGACCAGUCGUUUGUCAUGGACCAUGGUUGAGCCCAAGAUCCAGGCCAUCAGCUACAAAAUCACAAAACUGCUGCCUGGCAAUGAAUACAUCUUCAGAGUCACAGCUGUAAAUAAAUAUGGUGUUGGUGAGCCUUUGGAAUCUGAGCCUGUUAUUGCUCGUAACCCCUUCACCACUCCCAGUGCCCCCUCCACCCCAGAGCCCAGCGCUAUCACAAGGGACUCUAUAGUGCUUACAUGGGAGAGACCAGAGAAUAAUGGAGGAGCUGAGAUUGAAGGAUAUGUCCUUGAAAAACGUGAUAAGGAUGGCAUCAGAUGGACCAAGUGCAACAAGAAGAGGCUGAGUGACCUAAGAUUUAGAUGCGCUGGCCUCACAGAAGGCCACUCUUAUGAGUUCAGGGUCUCGGCUGAAAAUGCUGCUGGUGUGGGAAAGCCUAGCGCACCAUCCGAAUACAUCAAGGCCUGUGAUGCCAUUUAUCCACCAGGUCCUCCAAAUAACCCCAAAGUCACUGACCAUUCGAGCACCACAGUCUCUCUGUCCUGGUCCAGGCCUAUCUACGAUGGCGGAGCACAGAUCAGUGGAUAUGUUGUUGAAAGGAAGGAGGCAGGAGAUGAUGAGUGGAUAUCUUGCACAUCACCCACUGGUGUUCAGACCACUCACUACACAGUAAAGACACUGAAGGAGAAUGCAGAGUACAACUUCCGCAUCUUUGCUGUUAACUCAGAGGGAGCAGGAGAGCAUGUGGACCUACCUGGUUCUGUGAUUGCUGCAGAAAAGCUGGAGGCUCCUGAAAUUGAACUAGAUGCUGACUUAAGAAAGAUGGUUAAUAUUCGUGCCACUGCCACUUUGCGUCUGUUUGUGACAAUCAGAGGAAAGCCUGAGCCUGAGGUCAGAUGGUCAAAGGCUGAUGGCACUUUGAAUGAGCGUGCCCAGAUUGAGGUCACAAGCUCUUACACAAUGCUUGUGAUUGAGAAUGUUGAUAGAUUUGACACUGGCAAAUAUGUUCUGAACCUUGAGAACCUCAGUGGCUCUAAAUCAGCCUUCAUCAAUGUCAGAGUUCUGGAUUCCCCAAGCGCUCCUACCAACCUGGUAGUUAAGGAUGUGAAGAGAAAUUCUGUCGCUAUCUCCUGGGAGCCCCCUGUGAUCGAUGGUGGGGCUAAGAUAUCACACUAUAUUGUGGAGAAGAGAGAGCAAAAGAGAAUGGCUUUCACCAGUGUUUGCACCAACUGUGUGAGGAACUCGUACAUUAUUUCUGACCUGCAGGAGGGAGGUCGAUUCUAUUUCCGUGUGCUGGCUGUGAAUGAGCUGGGAGUAGGUCUGCCUGCCUUCACAGAUCAAGUCAAGGUGGCUGAGGCUCCUUUGCCUCCUGGGAAGGUUGUCCUGGUUGACGUGACCCGACAUACUGUCACUCUUUCAUGGGAGAAACCUGAUCAUGAUGGAGGCAGCAAGAUUACAAAAUUUAUUGUGGAGAUGCAGCCUAAGGGAGAUGACAAAUGGAGCGUGUGCAGUGAAGUAAAAGCACUUGAAGCUACUAUUGGUGGACUUGCAACUGGAGAGGAAUACUCCUUUAGAGUGACUGCUGUAAAUGAUAAGGGCAAGAGUGAUGCCAAGCCUCUUGCUACCCCUGUGGUGGUGAGGGACAUCACGGUCCAGCCCAUCAUCAACCUGUUGUAUGACACAUACAGUGUAAAAGCAGGAGAUGACCUUAAGAUUGACGUUCCCUUCAAAGGCAGACCUCAGCCUGACGUGUCUUGGAAGAAGGACGGCCAGGUACUUAAGCAGACAACCAGGGUCAAUGUUCUUAAUUCCAAGACGUCAUCCAAGAUUGUUAUUAAGGAUGCAACCAAAGAGGAUGUAGGAAAGUAUGAGAUUACUUUGACAAACUCAGUUGGGACCAAGACAGCUGAAAUAUUUGUUAUAGUCCUGGACAAACCUGGCCCACCCAGCAACAUUAAGAUGGAUGAAGUGAGUGCUGAUUUCAUCUCUCUGUCUUGGGAUCCACCAACUUAUGAUGGUGGAUGCCAAAUCAACAACUAUGUGGUGGAGAAGAGAGACACAACUACAACUGCAUGGCAGAUUGUCUCAGCCACGGUAGCCAGGACAUCUAUCAAAGUGACACGUCUCACCCAGGGAACAGAGUAUCAGUUCCGUAUUGCAGCUGAGAACCGCUAUGGCAAGAGUUCUUCUAUUGACUCUGCUCCUGUUAUUGCUCAGUAUCCCUUUGAGCCUCCUGGCCCUCCUACCAACGUCCAUGUUUCCCAUGCCACCAAGUAUGGCAUGCUUGUGGUAUGGGGCAGACCUGCCACUGAUGGUGGCAGCCCUGUAAUUGGUUAUCACAUUGAAUGCAAAGAACAAAGCAGCAUCCUGUGGACCAAGCUCAACAGAGGUCUGCUGACUGAGAACCAGUUUAAGAUGACAGGCACUGAAGAGGGCUUGUUGUAUCAGUUCAGAGUCUAUGCUGAAAAUAUUGCUGGAAUUGGUCCAUGCACUAAACCCAGUGAGCCUGUGGCAGCCAGGGAUCCAUGUGAAUCUCCACAUAACCUUAGAGUCACCAACAUCACCAGGAACUCAGUUUCCCUCUUUUGGGAGAAGCCAGAGUAUGAUGGUGGAGUAAAGAUAACAGGCUACAUUGUGGAGCGUAGAGAACUUCCCAGUGGCCGUUGGCUUAAGUGCAACUUCACCAACCUGCAAGACACCUACUUCGAUGUCACAGGCCUCACAGAGGAUGUCCAAUAUGACUUCCAUGUCAUUGCUAAGAAUUCUGCUGAGCUGUUAAGUGCUCCCUCAGAGAACACUGGUCCUAUCACAGUCAAGGAUGAUGUAGACCCUCCCACUAUUAUCCUGGAAGAUAGGCUCAGACAGCCUGUUGUCAUUAAGGCUGGAGAGAUAAUUCGAAUUGAUGCUGAAAUCACAGGCCGUCCACUCCCAGUUGUCUCAUGGUCUAAAGACGGAAAAGAGAUUGAGGCCAAGGCUAGGUGUGAAAUCACCUCUACCAACUUCACAACCACACUUAUUGUCAGGGAUGCUAUCAGGAGGGACUCUGGCCAGUAUGUCCUUACCCUGCACAAUGUGGGAGGAACCAGGUCUGUGGCUGUCAACUGUAAGGUUCUUGACAGACCUGGGCCUGCCUCGGGACCAUUGGCAGUGUCUGGCCUCACAGCAGAGAAAUGCACCAUAACAUGGGGACCCCCUCAGGAGAAUGGUGGUGCUGAAAUCAUGCACUACAUUGUUGAGAAACGUGAGACCAGUCGCCUCGCCUGGACCCUUGUCUAUGGUGACAUGAAGGCAACCACCUGUAAAGUGACCAAGCUGCUCAAAGGAAAUGAGUACAUCUUCAGAGUCAGGGGAGUCAACAAAUAUGGGGAUGGUGAGGCCCUGGAGAGUCAGCCAGCAAAGGCAAUGGAUCCAUUCACUGUGCCUGCAGCUCCCACUAAUGUUGAGGUCACCUCAGUUACUAGUGAGGCAAUGACCAUAUGUUGGGAAAGACCAGUUUCUGACGGUGGCAGCAGUAUCUCUGGCUAUGUCAUUGAAAAGCGAGAGAAGACUGGGCUUCGCUGGUGUCGUGUCAAUAAGAAACCUGUUUACGACCUCAGAGUCAAAGCCUCACACCUUCGUGAGGGCUGUGAGUAUGAGUACAGAGUGUUUGCAGAGAACUCUGCUGGCCUUAGUGCUCCCAGCAUCCCUUGCGCACUUGUCAAGGCUGAAGACCCACAAUUCCUGCCUUCACCUCCUGCUAAGCCUAAAAUCAUUGACUCUACAAAGACCACAGUCACCCUGUCAUGGAAUAAGCCACUAUUUGAUGGUGGAGCACCUGUGACUGGUUACAGAGUCAGAUACAGGAAGACUUUAGAUGAUGAAUGGUUUGUUGGAGUCCGGAAUACCACGAACACAGAGUUUACAGUGGUUGGACUGACACCUGGAGCUGAAUAUGUGUUUGUUGUCGAGUCUAUUAACAAGAUUGGAAUCAGCGAGCCCAGUCCUGAGUCAGACAAACAGGUUGCCAAAGAAAAGGAGGAGGAGCCAGUCUUUGACAUUAGCAAUGAGAUGAGGAAGACUCUUAUUGUGAAGGAUGGGAGCUCAUUCACCAUGACUGUGCCAUUUAGAGGCAAACCAAUCCCCAGUGUAACCUGGACAAAGCCUGAUGUUGACCUUAGAGUUCGUGCUGUCAUUGACACAACAGACACCUUCACCUCCAUCACCUUAGAGAAAGCAACUCGCAAUGACUCCGGCAAAUACACUGUGACCUUGUCCAGUGUAUCAGGGACUGCCUCCUUGACACUCAGUGUCAGAGUCUUAGAUUCCCCUGGACCUCCUGCCAGUAUAGAGGUCAAGGAUGUAACCAAGACCUCUGCUACUGUAACCUGGGAUACUCCCGAGAAUGAAGGAGGAGGACCAGUCAAGAACUACCUUAUUGAUAUCCGUGAGGCCAGCAAGAAAGGUUGGACGAGGUUGACUGACACAUGCCACAGACUGACAUACAAGGUGACAGACCUGCAAGAGGGAGGAGUCUACUUCUUCAGAGUGACAGGCGAGAAUGAGUAUGGUGUUGGUGUUUCUGCUGAGACCAAAGAAGGAACCAAGAUUACAGAAAAACCAAGCCCACCACCAAAGCUUGGUGUGACUGAUGUGACCAAGGAGAGUGUGUCCAUAGCCUGGGCCAAACCAGAACAAGACGGAGGCAGCAGAGUCACUGGGUUCCUGGUGGAAGCUCUGGAGAAAGGCCAGGAGAAGUGGUUUAAGUGUGGUGUAACCAAGUUCACACACUUUACAGUAUCUGGUCUGAGAGAGAAUGCUGAGUACUUCUUCAGAGUCAGAGCAGAGAACCUUGCUGGCUUCAGUGAUUAUAAGGAAAUGGUUACCCCUGUUAUGGUCAAAGACCAGCUUGAAUCUCCUGAGAUCAACAUGAAGGACUUCCCCCACAACACAGUGUAUGUCAGAGCCGGCUCCACCCUUAAAUGUGAGAUCCCACUGACAGGCCGGCCUUUGCCUAAAGUCUCCCUGUCCAAGGAUAACGUGCCGCUCAAGUCAACAAUGAGGUUCAACGCUGAAGUUACCCCUGACAGCAUCAAGAUCGCAUUGCGUGAGAGCAAUGCUGGAGACUCAGGACGCUACGAUAUCACUGCCUCCAAUUCUAGUGGAACCACUAAAUCCUUUAUAAAUAUUAUCGUUUUGGACCGCCCCAGUGCCCCUGUUGGACCUGUGGAGCUGUUUGACGUUACAGAGGACAGCGUGAGCCUUACGUGGCUCCCACCGGCAUAUGAAGGUGGUAGUCCCAUCACAAAUUACAUCGUCCAGAAGAGAGAGACAACCACAGCCAACUGGAUGGAUGUAUCUUCUGCUGUGGCCCGCUGCACCAUGAAGAUCAUGAAGCUGACCACGGGCCUGGAGUACCAGUUCAGAAUCAGAGCUGAGAACAGAUAUGGAAUUAGCGAGCACCUCGACUCACCAACUGUUGCUGUCAACCUUCCUUACACUAUUCCUGAAGCUCCAUCAACUCCAGAGAUUACUGCUGUAACCAGGGAGACCAUCACUGUAGCCUGGAAGGAGCCUAAGUCAGAUGGUGGCAGCCAUGUGUUUGGUUACCAUCUCCAGAUGAAGGACAAGAACAGCAUACUUUGGCAGAGAGUCAACAAAAUGGUGAUCCGUGCUACACACUUCAAGGUCACCAGCAUCAAUCCUGGACUUAUUUAUGAGUUCAAGGUUGCAGCAGAGAACGCUGCUGGAAUCAGUGCCUUUAGCAAAGUUUCUGAUGCAGUGCUGGCUAUUGAUGCCUGUGAGCCACCGGUCAAUUUGCGCAUUAGCGACAUCACCAAGAACUCCAUAAGUCUGGUCUGGGAAAAGCCUAACUAUGAUGGAGGAUCCUCAGUCACUGGUUACAUCAUUGAGAAGAGAGAGGGUGUUAGUGCUAAGUGGUCCAAGGCUAACAUCACCAAUGUCACAGACACCCGCUUUGCUGUGACUGGCCUAAUCCAGGACGAGUCAUAUGAGUUUAGAGUCAUGGCCAAAAAUGCUGUUGGCUCAGUGAGCAACCCAUCUAUGACUGCUGGGCCAGCCAGAUGCGUGGACACCUACGGUGCCCCAGAGAUUGACAUACCUCAAGAGUACUUCAGCGAGGUCAAGUACUUGGCUGAGUCUAAUGUGGAGCUCAAGUUCAAUAUCAAAGCUAAACCUGCUCCUACAAUUGAGUGGUUUAAGGAUGGCAGAGAGCUUGAGCCUACUGCCCAGCUCACUUUCAAACACACAUUCGAGUCCACCAGUUUGUUCCUGAGGGAAACCACUCGUCUGAACUCUGGAACAUAUGAGGUCAAGGUGAAGAACUCCCUGGGAUCUGCAUGUGCCGUUGUCAGGCUGCUCAUUCAAGACAAGCCAGGCCCUCCUGCUGGAGAGAUUCAGUUUAAGAAGGUCACAGCCAGCAACAUCACCAUCAUGUGGUCCCCGCCUGCUGAUGAGGGUGGUGCCAUGGUAACGCAUUAUAUUGUGGAAAAGAGGGAGUCCAGCAGGGUCAUGUGGUCCGUUGUCUCAGAGAAAAUGGUCGACUGCAUUGUUAACGUGCCCAGACUCAUCCAGGGCAAUGAGUACAUCUUCAGAGUUCGUGGAGUCAACAAGUAUGGCAUCGGAGACCCACUGGAGUCUGAACCCAUAAUUGCAAAGAACGCAUUCGUUCCUCCUAGUGAGCCAUCCAAGCCUAAAGUGACCAUGAUCACCAAGUCCACUAUGACAGUGAUCUGGGAAAGACCAGCACUGGAUGGAGGCAGUGACAUUGAUGGCUACUACCUAGAGAAGAGGGAGAAGAAGAGUCUGCAGUGGUUCAAGGUGGUGAAGGGCACCAUCAGAGACACAAGGCAGAAAGUCACCAACCUGGUGGAGAACAAUGAGUACCAAUACAGAGUUUGUGCUGUUAACAAGGCUGGAGCAGGAAAGUACUCUGAGGCCUCUGAUCUCUACAAGGCCUACGACCCCAUCGAUCUGCCUGGAGAGCCAUCCAAGCUGCGUGUAGUCGACUCUACAAAGACCUCCAUUACCCUUGGCUGGGAAAAGCCUGUCUAUGAUGGUGGCAGUGAAAUCACACACUACAUUUUAGACCAGAUGAAUGUAGAGGACAAAGAAUGGGUGACCAUCAACCCACGGGUCACAACCUGUGAGUAUGUGGUGUCUCACCUCAAACCUGGAACCUACUACUUCUUCAGAGUCUCUGCUGUCAACUGCAAGGGCAAAGGAGAAGACAUCAAGAUAUAUCAGCCUGUGCAAGCCAAGGAUAUCUUGGAGGAGGCUGAUUUGGACUUGGAUGUUCCCAUGACAACCCAGUACACAGCCAGGGCCGGCCGUGACGUAGAAGUGUUUAUUCCCCUGAAGGGACGCCCCACCCCCAACGUCACCUGGCGCCGUGGCGACCGCAACAUUGCUGGUGACAACCGCUACACCAUCACUAGCACUGAGCGAGCCACCACACUCCUCAUCCCCAAGGUCACCCGCGAUGACCGUGGCAAGUACCUGCUGGAGAUUGAGAAUGGCGUGGGAGAGCCCAAGAUAAUUAUCAUUUCCCUAAAGGUUCUGGACAGUCCAGCCAUCUGCCAGAAACUGAUGGUCAAGAACGUGACAAGGGGAAAGCUGACUCUCAGCUGGGAGGCUCCUCUCAUCGAAGGCGGUUCCUCUGUCACCAAUUACAUUGUUGAAAAGAAGGCUUCCACCAUGAAGGCUUACCAGGUGAUCACUGCCGAGUGUCCUAACACAACUUACAAGGUGACGGGCCUGGAGGAGGAUGUGGCUUACUUCUUCCGUGUAUCUGCUGAAAAUGAGUACGGUGUGGGCGACACCUGCGAAACUGCUGAGCCUGUAAGAGCCACUGAAACUCCUGGAGCAGUUAAAAACCUGGUGAUGGCGGACUCUACAAAGAACUCUGUUACCUUGCAGUGGACUAGACCUGACCAUGAUGGUGGCAGCUACAUCACUGAAUACAUCAUUGAGAAGAGAACCGACGAAGAUCCCACCUGGACUUUGGGAGCAACAUGCAAGCGUUUAAGCUGCGAGGUGACAGGACUCAAGGAGAACGCUAUCAUGGACUUCAGAGUAAUGGCCAAGAAUGAGAAGGGCAACAGUGACUUUUCCCAGAUUGGACCGAUUGUAGUGAAGGACUUUAUCAUUCCACCCGAGGCCAACCUCAGUGACUACCCCAAUGGAGAGCUUGCUGUUCGUAUUGGUCAGAAUAUCCACAUUGAGUUGCCCUUCAAGGGUAAACCAAGACCUGCCAUCAGCUGGCUAAAGGAUAACAUACCUCUGAAGGAAAGUGAUAAGAUUCGCUUCAGGACCACUGACAACAAGACUGCGAUCACAGUCAGAGGAGUUAAGAAGGAGCAUGCUGGCCAGUACACCUUGGUUCUGGAUAACAGAGUCAUCAAGAACUUCUUUGAUAUUAAUGUGAUCACUCUGGGACCCCCCUCAGUGCCUGUUGGUCCCGUACGCUAUGAUGAGAUUAAAGCCCAAAGUAUCAUCAUUUCCUGGGAUGAGCCGAAGGAGGAUGGAGGUGGUGAGAUCACCUGCUACAGCGUGGAGAAACGUGAGGCUUCCCAGGCCGUAUGGAAGAUGGUCUGCUCCAGUGUUGUCAGGACCACAUUCAAGAUUCCCAACCUGGUCAAGGGAACUCACUACCAGUUCAGAGUCCGUGCAGAGAACAAGUAUGGAGUCAGUGAACCCCUCAUCUCCUCAGACGUUGUUGCCCAGCACCAGUACAAACCACCAGGGCCUCCUGGAAAACCAGUAGCCUUCAACGUCACCAGUGAUGGCAUGACCAUCAAGUGGGAGGCCCCCGGCUUUGACGGAGGAUCACCCAUUAUGGGCUAUCAUAUUGAAAAGAAGGACAGGAAUAGCCUCCUGUGGGAGAAAGUGAACUCCACCAUCAUCUCCAACAGAGAGUACAGGAUAAUUAGUCUCUUGGAGGGUCUGGAGUACUCCUUCAGAGUCUAUGCUGAGAACAACGCCGGACUCAGCCCUGUCAGUGAACAGAGCAAACAUGCACUCGCUAUCUCCCCUGUUGAUCCACCUGGCAACCCUGUCUGCAUCGACACAACAAGAGACUCAGUCACCCUGCAAUGGGACAUUCCCAAGAAGGAUGGUGGCAGCAAAAUUGUGGCCUACAGUGUGGAGAGACGCCAAGGUAGAGGCAAAUGGCUGCGAUGCAACUUCACUGAUAUCUCUGAGACCCAGUUCACCGUAACCGGUCUGGCUCCUGGAGACCGAUUCGAGUUUAGAGUAAUUGCCAGGAAUGCCGUAGGCACGGUCAGUCCACCAUCCAACUCCUCUGGAUACAUUAUGACCAAGGAUGAGAGCAUUCCUCCGGAUGUCAUAUGGUCUCCAGACCAGGUGCUCACCCUGAGGGCCGGUGAGAACAUUAAGCUCAACUGCAGCAUCACUGGACGUCCCGUCCCCCAGAUUAUCUGGUACAAGGAUGGCAAAGAGAUUGACAAAAGGACCAUGUUUGACAUCGAGAUCACCACUGGCAUUGGCACCAGCAGUGUAUUUGUUCGUGAUGCUGACAGAAACCACCGUGGAAUCUACACCAUAGAGGCCAAGAACAGCUCUGGUACCAGGAAGGCUGAAGUCAACGUCAGAGUACAAGAUACCCCUGGACCUGUUGAGGGUCCCAUCCGUUUCACGGGUAUCACAGCUGAUAAGUGCACCGUUUGGUGGAACCCGCCAGAGAACGAUGGUUGUGCCGCCAUUACCCACUAUGUGGUGGAGAAGAGGGAGACAUCCAGGAUCACCUGGGCCUUGGUCACCUCCAAAUGCGAGGCCUGUUCUUACAAUGCCACCAACCUCAUCAAAGGGAAUGAAUACCAGUUCAGAAUCUCUGCUGUCAACAAGUUUGGUGUUGGCAAACCACUGGACUCUGAUCCCUUCAUUGCACAGAUGCAGUACACUGUGCCUGAUGCCCCAGGUACCCCAGAUGCCACCCAUGUAACUGGAAACAGCAUCACCGUGUGUUGGACCAGACCACGGUCAGAUGGAGGCAAUGAGAUCAAACACUACAUUCUGGAGAGGAGAGAGAAGAAGAGCCUGGUUUGGGUGAAGGUUUCCUCCAAGAGACCCAUCACAGAGCUAAGACACCGUGUCACCAACCUCACUGAGGGCAAUGAGUAUGAGUUCCGCGUAAUGGCUGAAAAUGGCGCUGGCAUCGGACCGGCCAGCAGUACCUCCAGGCUCUUCAAAUGUAGAGAACCAACCAGUGCUCCCAGUAACCCCACAUUAGUCAAGGUCACUGACUCCACCAAGACCUCUGUCAGCCUGACAUGGACCAAGCCAGUCUUCGAUGGCGGUCUGGAAAUAAUUGGCUACAAUAUCGAUAUGUGUAAGGCCAGUCUGGAGGAGUGGCACAGAGUAAACAGCCAGAUUUGCAUCCACACCAGCUACACCGUGAAGGGCUUGGUUCCUGGAGAGUUCUACAAGUUCAGGGUCAGUGCUGUGAAUGGAUGCGGAGAGAGCGAACCUUCAGUGAUGCCCAGCGCUGUUCAAGCUCUGGACAGACUUACACUACCUGAGAUCGACAUUGCUGCCAAAUUCAAGCAGACUCACAUCGUAAAGAAUGGUGGAACAGUUGUCCUCCAUAUUGCCUUCCGCGGCAAGCCAGCUCCUGUUGCCACCUGGUCUAAGGUGGAUGGUGAGCUGCCUGUCAUGGCUGACAUUAACACCACUGAUUCCUCCUCUACACUAACCAUUGAGGGCUGCACUAGGUAUGAAGCUGGCAAAUACACCCUUUCCCUGGAGAACAACAGCGGACAAAAGUCCAUCACAUUCACUGUCAAAGUGCUGGACACUCCCGGGCCUCCAGGAGCUAUCACCUUCAAAGAUGUUACCCGUGGAGCCUUGACAGUUAUGUGGGAUGCCCCCACUAAUGAUGGUGGAUCCCGAAUCCACCACUACAUUGUGGACAAGCGCGAAGCCAGCCGCCUGGCCUGGCAGGAGGUCAGCAGCAAGUCCUCUCGCCAGACACUCAGGGUCACUGGUCUGGAGAUUGGUGUGCCAUAUCUGUUUAGGGUGACUGCUGUUAACCAGUAUGGCCAGGGAGAACCACGCGAGAUGACAGAGCCCGUCAUUGCCACAGAAGAACCCGCACCACCCAAGAGACUGGAUGUUGUCGACACCACAAACUCCUCUGCCUCCCUGGUGUGGCUGAAGCCCGAUCAUGAUGGAGGCAGCCGCAUCAGAGGCUACAUUGUUGAAUUCAGAGCUAAAGGCACUGACCGUUGGGUUGCUGGUGGAGAGACCAAAUCCCAGAAGAUGCUAUUGGAGGGUCUGAUUGAGAACACAGAGUAUGACUUCAGAGUCAAGGCCAAGAAUGACGCUGGAAUCAGCGAACCUCAGGGCACAUUCAGCUCUGUGGUCAUUAAGGAGCCUCGCAUCGAGCCAACUGCUGACCUCAGCAGCAUCACCAACCAGCUCAUCAUCUGCAAGCUCUCCAACACCUUUACAAUCAACAUCCCCAUCAGUGGCAGGCCUGCACCCAAGAUCACCUGGAAGCUGGAGGAAAUGAAGCUAAAGGAGUCUGACAGAGUUGUCAUCAGAUCCACAAAAGAGGAAACCACUUUGAUGGUGAGAGAUAGCAAGAGAAGCGACAGCGGCAAGUACUACCUGAUCCUGGAGAAUACUGCUGGUGUGAAGACGUUCACAGUGACAGUGGUUGUUGUUGGCAGACCAAGUCCACCCACAGGCCCUGUGGAGAUUUCUGGAGUCUCCUCAGAGUCCUGCUCUCUGUCCUGGUCCGAGCCAGCUGAUGAUGGUGGCUCUGAAAUUACGAACUACAUUGUGGAAAAACGAGAGUCCGGCUCUGCCUCUUGGCAAGUAGUAAACUCUAGUGUGAAGAGAACCACCAUCAAAGUGACUCACCUUACCAAGUAUAUGGAGUACACCUUCAGAGUGUGCGCUGAGAACAAAUUCGGAGUCAGCAAGUCCAUUGAGUCUGCUGCUGUUGUCAUUGAGCAUCCAUAUGUUCCUCCGAGUCCUCCAACUCGCCCAGAUGUGGUGUCUGUAUCUGCUAAUGCCAUCAACAUCAAAUGGGACCUGCCAUAUGCCGACGGUGGCAGCAAGGUGACAGGCUACUGGAUUGAAAAGAAGGAGAGAAACACCAUCCUGUGGGUGAGGGAGAACAAACUGCCCUGCCUGGAUUGCCAGUACAAGGUGUCCAACCUGAUUGAGGGCCUGGAGUACCAGUUCAGGGUCUAUGCCAUGAACAUUGCCGGACUCAGCAAGGCCAGCGAGGCUUCCAGACCUGUGGUGGCACUCAAUCCUGUUGAUCCUCCUGGUAAACCCGAGGUGACCGACAUCACCCGCUCCUCUGUGUCGUUGUGCUGGACCGUGCCAUUCAACGAUGGCGGCAGCAAGAUUGUUGGUUAUGUGGUGGAGAGAAAAGUCUACAGUACGGAUGAGUGGGAUGACAAUCGCUGGCUCAAGUGCAACUACACAACUAUCAGCGAGAACUAUUUCACCGUCAGCAACCUGGGAGAGGAAGAGACCUACGAAUACCGCGUCAUUGCCAAGAAUGCUGCCGGUGUCCACAGUGCACCCUCCGAGGUCACUGGACCGGUCACAUGCAAGGAUGAAUACUCUCCUCCAAAAGCCGAGCUGGACAGCAAGCUGGUGGGCGAGACCGUCACCGUCAUGGCCGGCUCCGACCUGGUCCUGGAUGGCACUGUGGGUGGUAAACCAGAACCUACAGUAUACUGGUCGAAGGGCGACAAGAUUUUGGAGCUUGGAGAGAAAUACUCACUGACCUACACUGCCACCAGAGCCAUGGCUGUUAUCAAGAACUGUGACAGAUACGACACAGGCAGAUACAUCCUGACCGUCAAGAACGCCAGUGGAAUCAAGACCGCUGCCGUCAGCGUCAAAGUUCUGGACACUCCUGGAGCCCCGGCUGAUAAGCUUGUGAUCAGCAGAGUGACGGAGGAGAAGUGUACAGUGUCCUGGAAGAUCCCUCUGGAGGACGGUGGAGACAGCGUCACCCAUUACAUCGUGGAGCGUCGCGAGACCAGCCGCCUCAACUGGGUUGCUAUGGAGACCGAGUGCAAGACACUGUCGUGCGUCAGCACCAGGCUAAUCAAGAACAAUGAGUAUAUCUUCAGAGUUAGAGGAGUCAACAAGUACGGGCCUGGAGUUCCUCUGGAAUCCGAGCCUGUCAUUGCCAGGAACGCCUACACCAUCACAUCCCAGCCGGGCACUCCAGAGGCUACAGCAGUCGGCAAGGAGCAUGUCAUCAUUGAGUGGCUGAAGCCCGAGAGUGACGGAGGCAGCGAGAUCAAAACCUACUUAGUAGACAAACGAGAGAAGAGCAGCACCAGGUGGACUCGGGUGAAUAAGAAUUACACCAUCUAUGACACCCGUCUGAAGAUCUCCGGCCUGCUGGAGGGAAGCGAGUACCAGUUCAGAGUGACAGCUGUCAACGCUGCCGGAGACAGCCAUCCAAGUGACGCCUCGGCAUACAUCCUCUGCAAAGACCCCACAUAUACCCCAGCUCCUCCAUCAUUACCUCGUAUCACUGACACAACCAAGCACAGUAUCAGCAUGACCUGGACCAGGCCCAUGUACGACGGCGGCUCAGACGUCACCGGCUACUUUGUGGAGAUCCUAGAGGAGGGCUCUGAGCAGUGGUACCGUGCCAACGCCAAAGCCAUCAAGAACACAGAGUAUGUGGCCGCCGGCCUGGCAGCCAAUAAGAAGUACAGAUUCAGAGUAGCUGCUGUCAACGACAAAGGCACUGGCGAGUUCAGUGAACCUAGUGCCGAGGUUGAGCCUCUGGAGAAAGUUGAAAUGCCAGACCUGGAGCUGCACGAGGACCUGAAGAAAACGGUGUGUUUGCGCGCUGGAGGAACCCUGCGUUUGAUUGUAUUUGUCUCUGGCCGGCCGUUACCAGUAGUUGCUUGGAGGAAGACAGGUGUGGAGCUGCAGAGCCGCGGCUACAUUGAGACCACCGACAGCUACACCUCACUGAUGGUGGAGAAGGUCAACCGCUACGACUCUGGAAAAUACGUUGUGGAGGCAGAGAACCCAUCCGGCAAGAAAACUGCCACCAUCCUGGUUAAGGUCUACGACACUCCUGGUCCUCCAAGUUCUGUGAACGUGAAGGACUACACCAAGGAGUCUGUCGUGAUCACCUGGGACGUCCCCAGCAUUGACGGUGGUGCUCAUGUCAGCAACUACAUCAUAGAGAAGCGUGAAGCCAACAUGAAGUCAUACAAGACCGUCACCACUGAGUGUAGGAAGACCCUGUUCAGGAUCUCUGGUCUGGAGGAGGGAGUGCACUACUUCUUCAGAGUCCUGCCAGAGAACAUAUAUGGUGUUGGCGAGCCCUGUGAGACAUCCGAGGCUGUGCUGGUGUGCGAUGUGCCGUCAGUGCCUCAGAACCUCCAGAUCAUUGAUGUCACCAAGUCCUCAGUCACUCUGCACUGGGAGAAGUCACUAUACGAUGGUGGCAGCAGGCUGUCAGGAUAUAUCAUCGAGGCAUGCAAGGCAGGCUCGGACAGGUGGAGUACCGUCGCAACAGUCAAAGCCUCAGUGACCCAGCACACCAUCCAGUCUCUGACGGAGAACGACCAGUACCUUUUCAGACUGCGAGCCACCAAUAGCAGGGGAGCCAGCGAGCCCAUGGACACUGUCACCCCUGUCACUAUCCAGGAUAUCAAGGUGAUGCCCAAGAUCGACAUGACCAGCAUUCCUCAGAAGAUCGUCCAUGUGCACCGUGGCAAACCCAUUGACCUCAACAUCCCCAUAAGGGCCAAACCGCAGCCAGUCUGCUCCUGGUUCUUUGGUGGUGUCAAACUGAAGGACACCCUGGACCGCAUCAAGAUUGACAGCAACGGAAAAUACACUCACCUCGUCAUCCGUGAGACCACCAUCAACGACACAGGAGACUACACGCUUGAGGUGAAGAAUGCCAUUGGCAUGGCAACCGAGGUCAUCAAGGUCAUCAUUCUGGACAAACCUGGCAUCCCAGUUGGUCCAGUGAAGAUCGAGGAGAAUGACGGCGUAUCGGUCACAAUCAGCUGGGAACCCCCAGAGAAGGACGGUGGUGCCAACGUCAGCGGCUAUGUGGUGGAACAGCGCGAUGCCCACCGCCCAGGCUGGGUCACCAUCUCAGAGUCUGUGACCCGACCCUGCUUCAAGUUCACCAGACUCACUGAGGGAACUGAGUACGUGUUCCGUGUUGCAGCCAUGAAUCGCUUUGGUGUUGGUGGCUUCCUGCAGUCAGAGGUGGUGGAGUGCAAGAGCGAAAAGACCAUCCCUGGACCUCCCAGCAAGCCAGAGGUGCUUGAUGUCACUCACGAGGGCAUGACCCUGACCUGGCAACCACCCGUGGACAAUGGUGGCUCCACCAUUGCCGGCUAUAUCAUUGAGCGUAAGGAAGCCCGUUCUGACAGGUGGCUGAAGAUCAACAAGAACCUUGUCACCAUGACCAGGUACCGCUCCUCUGGCCUGAUUGAGGGCCUGGAGUAUGAACACCGUAUCACUGCUGUCAACUCCAGAGGAGCCGGCAAACCCAGCGAGAGCUCUGCCAUCACUGUUGCCAUGGAUCCCAUUGAGCCUCCAGGUCCUCCAAUUCAGCCCAGAGUCACUGACACCACCAGGUCUUCAGUAUCUCUGGCCUGGCUGCCACCCGAAGAGGAGGGUGGUUCUAUUGUUACUGGGUACUUCAUCGAGAUGCAGAAGGUGGACCAGGUGGAAUGGACGCUGUGCAACACCACGCCCACAAAGAUGUGCGAGUACACCCUCACUCACAUGCCCCAGGGCGCUGAGUACAAGUUCAGGAUCAUUGCCUGCAAUGCUGGUGGUUCUGGGGAGUCCGCUGAGAUUCCUGGAGUGGUUAAAGUCCAGGAGAUGCUUGAUUAUCCCGACUACGUGCUUGAUCGUAAAUACGAGGAGGGCUAUGUGGUGCGGCAGGGCGGAGUCGUUCGUCUGUCUGUGCCCAUCAAGGGUAAACCUAUCCCUACAUGCAAGUGGACCAAGGACGGUCGUGACAUCUCUCAUCGGGCCAUGAUCGCCACCCAUGAUGACAUCACCGAGCUGGUCAUCAAAGAGGCACACAAAGACGACACUGGUACCUAUGACCUGGUGCUGGAGAACAAAUGCGGCAGGAAGGCCGUGUACAUCAAGGUGAAGGUGAUUGGUCGCCCUGAUGCCCCAGAGGGCCCUCUGGAGUUUGAUGACAUUCAGGUCAGAUCAGUGCGGGUCAGCUGGAGGCCACCAUCAGAUGAUGGCGGCUCCGACAUUCUGGGAUACAUUGUGGAAAGAAGGGAGGUACCCAAGGCUGCCUGGUACACAGUCGACUCCAGGGUAACUGAGAGUUCUCUGGUGGUGAAGGGUCUGAAGGAGAAUGUGCAGUACCACUUCAGGGUUUCUGCUGAAAACCAGUUUGGCAUUAGCAGAUCUCUCAAGUCUGAUGAGGCUGUCACACCAAAAACACCACUUUGCGCACCAGAACCUCCCGGCAACCCACCAGAGAUUAUGGACGUGACCAAGACCACGGUGUCUCUGUCCUGGGCCCGGCCCCGGGAUGAUGGAGGCUCCCGCGUCACGGGAUACUAUGUGGAGAGGAGAGAGGUUUCGACAGAGAAGUGGGUCCGACACAACAAGACCCACAUCACCACCACUAUGUACAAUGUCACCGGUCUCAUCCCUGAUGCUGAGUACAUGUUCAGAGUGGUGGCUCAGAAUGACAUCGGGCAGAGCGAGCCUGGUCCUGCCUCAGAGUCUGUGGUCUGCAAAGAUCCAUUUGACAAACCCAGCCAACCAGGGGAGAUCGACAUCAUCUCCAUCACCAAGGACUCUAUCACCAUCCACUGGCUCAGGCCAGAGCAUGACGGCGGCAAGGAGAUUCUGGGCUACUGGAUUGAGUUCAGGCAGGCUGGAGAAAGUGCCUGGAAAAAAUGUAACAAAGAGCGCUCCAAGGAUCGUCAGUUCACCAUGGGCGGGUUGAUGGAGGCCACCGAGUACGAGUUCAGAAUCUUUGCUGAGAAUGAGACUGGACUGAGCCGACCUCGCCGCACGCCCAUGGGCAUCAAGACCAAACUGAGCGUUGGUGAGGCUCCAGCUUUGAAGGAAGAGAUCCAAGAUGUAACCACCAAGCUUGGCGAGUCCGGCACCCUCACCUGUGGCAUCAUUGGAAGACCUCUGCCUGAGAUCAAGUGGUACCGCUACGGUAAAGAGCUGAUCCAGAGCCGUAAGUACAAGAUGAGCUCAGAUGGCCGCAACCACUCCCUGAGCAUCCUGACAGACGAGCAGGAAGAUGAGGGCCUGUACACCUGCAGGGCCAUCAACGAAGCCGGAGAGAUCGAGACCAGUGGCAAACUGCGCCUGCAGGCGCCGCCGCAGUUCCACCCUGGCUUCCCUCUGAAGGAGAAGUACUACGCUGGAGCUGGCACCAGCCUCCGUCUCCAUGUUGUCUACAUUGGACGUCCCAUCCCCCAGAUCAUGUGGUUCUAUGGCAAGAAGCCUCUGAACGCAUCCGAGAAUGUAAUUAUUGAAAACACCGAAAGCUACACCCACCUGGUGGUGAGGAACGCCCAGAGGAAGACCAACGCUGGUCGCUACAAGGUGCAGCUCAGCAAUGUAUUUGGAACCAUCGACACUGUGCUCCGUGUUGAAAUCCAAGAUAAACCAUGCACCCCUGAGGGCCCUGUUAUUGUUGAGGCUCUGCUGAAGAGCUCGGUUGUCAUCAGCUGGAAGACACCCAAGGACGACGGAGGCUCCAUGAUUACCAACUACAUUGUGGAGAAACGCGAGGCCAAAGAAGGCGAGCAGUGGCACCUGGUGUCCUCCUCCGUUUCUGGCACCACAUGCCGUGUCCCCAACCUGACUGAGAAUGCCGGCUACUACUUCAGAGUCUCUGCCCAGAACCAAUAUGGAGUCAGUGAGUCCCUGGAGAUCCCAUCGGUGGUCAUCAUCAAGAGUCCAUUUGAAAAACCUGGCAUCCCACAACAGCCCUUCAUCAUCAGUUCCGCCAAAGACUCCUGUGUCGUCUGCUGGAAACCUCCAACCAGCGACGGUGGAGCUAAAAUCACCGGCUACUACCUGGAGAAGCGUGAGAAGAAGCAGAACAAGUGGAUGUCAGUAACCAGUAAGAAGAUUGCCGAGACCAGCUUUGAGGUCAAAGCCUUGAUCGAGGGCUUUGAGUAUGAGUUCCGCGUCAAGUGUGAGAACAUGGGCGGUGAGAGCGACUGGAGUGAGAUUUCAGCACCUGUCAUCCCCAAGUCCGACCAGGCUCCUCGUGCUCCCGCGUUCAGGGAGGAGAUCAGGGACAUGACCAUCAAAUACCACAACAAUGCCACCUUUGUCACCAAGGUGAUGGGACAUCCAAAACCUUUGGUGAAAUGGUACCGCAAUGGAAAGGAGAUCCAGGCAGAUGGAGCCAAGAUCAAAGCCUUGGAGUUCAAGGGAGGCUACUACCAGCUGAUCAUCACUGCCGCUGAUGAGAAUGAUGCCGCAGUUUACCAAGUCAGAGCAACCAACCCCUCAGGGUCCAUCUCUACAACGGCCAACCUUGAGGUUGAAGUUCCUGCUAGGAUCCACCUGCCUGAGGAGCUUCAGGGAAUGGGAGCAGUCCAUGCUGUCUGUGGUGAGCACAUCACCAUCAAGAUCCCCAUCUCUGGCAAGCCUGAGCCAGCAGUCGUUUGGCAGAAGGGUCAGGAGAUCCUCUCCAACUCUCCUCGUUACCAAGUCAUCACCACCAGAUCUUUCACCUCUCUGGUGUUCAUGAAGGGAAUGGAGAGGAAGGAUACUGGCUACUACAUCAUUACAGCAAAGAACAGGUUUGGUACAGACAAGCAAACCAUUGAGGUGAACGUUGCUGACAUACCUGAUGCUCCAAAGGGACUGGUUGUCAGUGACAUUGCUCGGGACUCCAUCACCUUGACCUGGGAACCCCCUGCCAGUGAUGGUGGAAGUGACAUCAUUAGCUACAUUGUGGAGAAGUGUCCCACCACUGCUGACAGAUGGAUCCGAGCUGGACAGACCACUGACUGCAGCAUCACCAUCAUCAACAUAUUUGGAAAGACCAAGUACCAGUUCCGCGUCAUUGCCGAAAACCAGUUUGGCCUGAGCCAUCCUUCUGAGCCAACUGAGCCCAUCACCACAAAGGAGGACAAGUCUGUGAUUAGGAAUUAUGAUGAGGAAGUGGACGAAGCCAGAGAGGUCACCAAGGAGGAGGCUCUGUUCUACAAGGUGAAGGAGCUGUCCUCCAAGUACAUCAUCUCUGAGGAACUCUCUCGCUGCCAGUUUGGAGUGGUCCACCGCUGCACGGAGAUUGCCACAAAGAAGACCUUCAUGGCCAAGUUCAUCAAGGUCAGAGGAACCGACCGUGAGUUGGUUCUCAGAGAAAUUGAGGCCCUUAACAUAGCAAGGCACAAGAAUAUCAUCUAUCUACAUGAAUACUUUGAAAGCAUGGAGGAGAUUAUCCUCAUCUUUGAAUUCAUUUCUGGAGUUGACAUCUUUGAGCGCCUUGGCACGAGCAACUUCGAGCUGACAGAGCAGGAGAUUGUCCGGUACCUGAGACAAGUCUGCUCUGCCCUCAAGUUCUUGCAUAGCCACAACUUCGGCCACUUUGAUAUCCGCCCAGACAACAUUGUCUACACCACCAGGAAAAGCACCACCAUAAAGAUUAUUGAGAUGGGGCAGGCUAGGCUGUUGGUGCCAGGAGAAAACAUCAGAAUGCUGUUCUCAGCUCCCGAGUACUGUGGCCCUGAGGUCCACCGUCAUGACCUGGUCACAACAGCCACUGAUAUGUGGUCUGUUGGCGUAAUGGCCUACGUUUUGCUAAGUGGCCUUAAUCCAUUUGCGGCAGAGUCCACUACAAAGAUGAUUGAGAACAUCUCCAACUGUGAGUACAUCUUUGACAGUGAAGCAUUCAAGGACAUCAGCUUGGAAGCUAUGGACUUUAUAGACAGACUUUUAGUCAAGGACAUGAAGCUCCGUAUGACAGCCCACGAGGCUCUGGAGCACCCAUGGCUCAAGAUGAAGAUUGAGCAUGUCAGCAACAAGAUCAUUAGGACACUGAGACACAGAAGGUACUACCAGACUCUGGUAAAGAGGGUAGAUACUAUUGUAUCAUCAGCUCGUGUGGCCUACGGUGGCGCCUUCAAAAACCAGAGAGGAUUGGCUGUGGGUAGAGUGAAGAUUGGAACUGAGUACCAUGGCCUCCGCAGUGGUCCAGUCAUGCAUGGUUCAGCUGAAGAAGGUGGCCAUGUCAGAUUUACUUGUAGCAUCACCAACUUUGACAAGACUACACAGGUGACAUGGUAUCACGGUACCCGUCAGCUACAUGCAAGCGCCAAGUAUGAAAUCACUUACAGCAAUGGUUUUGCCAGCAUCUAUGUAAAGGACAUUCAAGAGAGUGAUGAUGGUGUGUACAGGUGCAAGGUGGUGAGUGACGAUGGAGAGGACAGUGCUUAUGGAGAGCUCUUUGUUGAGACAGUGAGGAGCAUCAGAGAGUACUACCUUAGUCGCACCAUCAAGAAACUGAGGAAGAGAGUCGACAAGACGAAACUCCUGCAGAGACCACCAGAGUUCACUUUGCCUCUCUACAAUCGCUCUGCCUACAUCGGUGAAGAUGUGCGCUUCGGUGUCACCAUUACCGUGCACCCGGAGCCUCAUGUCACAUGGCUCAAGAAUGGAGAGAAAAUCAAGCCAGGUGAAGAUGACACCAAGUACACGUUCACCAGUGAUAAGGGUCUUUACCAGCUGAUGAUCCACAACCUGAACUUAAGUGAUGAUGCAGAAUACACCGUCAUGGCUCACAACAAGUUUGGAGAAGACAGCUGCACAGCUCGUCUCACUGUGACACCUCAUCCUGUAAUGGAGGAAACUAUGAGGCCCAUGUUCAAACGCCUGCUGGCUAAUGUUGAUUGUGUUGAGGGACAUAGCGUCCGCUUCGAGCUCAGAGUCUCAGGAAUCCCCACUCCCACUCUGAAAUGGGAGAAGGACAGUCAUCCACUUCAGUUUGGUCCAAAGGUUGUUGUCAUACAGGAGGACGUUGACCACUAUGUCCUGUACAUCAGAGAUACUCUGCUCGAGGACUCUGGUGUGUACAAGGUGACAGCAACCAACUCUGCUGGCUCUGCAAGCUGCCAGGCUACACUGCAGGUGGACCGCCUCACCUACACCAGGAGAGAGUACAAGAGCGAGGAGGAGAAAUACCUACACGUACAGAAACAAAUUGAAAAGACCAACAAGAUGGCUCAGCAUAUUGUUGCCACCAAGGAGCUUGUACCUCUAAACCCCACAGCUCAGGAGGCACUUAACUUUGCUGCAGAGAUGUACAAGCCUGCAGUGAGCACUAAGAACGUUGAGGGUGAGUUCGACAUCACAGUUGAGAAGACUGAGACUAAGAGGCUGGAGGAGGAGAGGAGGAUCUUUAUGCCAUAUGAGAUCCCUGAGCCUGUGGUUCAUGAUCCUAGAGCUCUGGAUGAGGACAAAACUAUCAAACAGUUUGUGGCUCUGUCCGACAUGAAGUGGUAUAGAAAACUGAGAGACCAGUACGAGAUUCCAGAGAGGAUGGAGAGGAUUGUGCAGAAGAGGCAGAGACGUAUUCGCCUGUCCAGGUGGGAGCAGUUCUACGUCAUGCCCCUCCCGAGAAUCACUGACCAGUACAGGCCAAGGUGGCGUAUUCCAAAACUCACUCUGGAUGACUUGGAGACUGUUAGGCCUGCUCGCCGUUCACCUUCUCCUGAAUCUGAGAUCUCUUACAGAUCCAGAAGGAGAUCAUUGGGAGAUCUUAGUGACGAGGAGCUGCUGAUGCCUGUGGAUGACUAUCUUUCCAUGAGGAGAACAGAGGAAGAGAAAAUGAUGCUGGAGGAUGAACUGGAGCUUGGCUUUUCUGCCUCUCCUACAGGCAGCCCUGUUCGCGUUGAGCGGCGUGCCGUGGAACGUGAAGAGAGGAGGCAGGAGGUCAGACAUGAGGCUGCUGAGAUAACUGAGACAAAGAAGAAACGCACUAUUUCUCAGUACACGAGGAGGCGAAGGUCACUGUCUCCCACAUACAUUGAGCUCAUGCGUCCAGUCUCAGAGCUGAUCAGACCAUCACGGGCCAUGCCUGUGGAAGCAGAGGGAGAGGUUGUUGCAAGAAGGUCUCCCACCCCUGAGAGGACCCGUCCCCGCUCUCCCAGCCCCAUCAGGUCUGUUGAAAGGUCAUCCCGCUCCUCCUCCAGGUUUGAGCGGUCUGCCCGCUUCGACAUCAUGUCCCGCUAUGAGGCCAGAAAGGCUGCUAUAAAGGCUGAGAGGAAAUACCAGGUGGUUACCCAGACACCUUUCAGUCUGGACCAUGCUCCCCGUGUGACUGUUAGGAUGCGCUCUCAUCGUGUACCAAUUGGCCAAGACACGAAAUUCACCCUGAACAUCCAGAGCAAACCAGAGGCCGAAGUCAAGUGGUUCCACAAUGCAACAGAAAUCUCUGAAAGCAGUGAGAAAUAUGUCUUCACCAACAUGAGUGGUGUUUUGUCCAUCACUAUUCUGGACUGCCAUGAGGAGGACAGUGGCACAUACCGCUGUGAAUGCACCAACUCUAGGGGAGAAGCUUCCGACUAUGCCACCCUUGAUGUGGCAGGUGGCGGCUACACCACCUUCUCCUCUCGCCGCAGGGAUGAGGAUGUUCUCAAAGGAUAUGUCCCUGAAGUCACUCGAAUUGAUCACUAUCACACCACCCACUUCAAAACUGGCUAUGCUACUCAGACCCAUUUUGAGGUUGAAGAGAGCAAGACUAAGCUAACUGAGACACGUGAGGUUUCCACACGUGAGAGAUACGCUGCCUCCUCUGAGAGGUACUCCUCUGCUGAGAGGUACUCCUCUGCUGAGAGGUACUCCUCUGCUGAGAGGAUUGAUUCAUCUGUCAAGUAUGCAUCUGCUGAAUACCUAUCAUCUGAUUCCUCAUACUCAUCUGAAAAGUUUUCUCUGACUGGGAAACACACCACAACUGAAGCUAAACUGAAGUCGACUUCUGCUGCUGUUGCUGAGGAAGUUGCUGUGCUUAAGGUGAAGCCUUCUCUUCCUGCCAGAAUCCUCACCAAGCCCCAGUCUGUGACAGUUGCAGAGGGAGAGACAGCCAGAUUCUCCUGUGAUAUCGACGGGGAGCCUGCACCUACUGUAAUAUGGAUGUACGAGGGCAGAACCAUUGUCUCAACUCACCGCAUCCAGGUCACCACCACUCAGUACAAGUCCAGCAUGGAGAUCUCCUCUGUGAUGGCCUCCGAUGAGGGCAGUUACAUGGUGGUGGUAGAGAACUCAGCAGGCAGGCAAGAGGCUCACUUCACCUUGACCAUCCGCAGACCAGCUCCCAAAGAGGAGGUCAAGGCUGUCAAAUCCCCUGAGCCAUCUGUAAAGUCACCCACUCCCAGUGUGAAGUCACCAGAGCCUUCAGUCAAAUCGCCUACUCCUUCUGUAACCUCCCCUGUCCCGAGCGUCAAGUCCCCUGAGCCUUCAGUUAAAUCACCAGCUCCAAGUGUGAAGUCUCCUGAACCAACGUCUCCUGCUCCCGGUGUGAAGUCACCAACACCAGGUGUGAAGUCACCCACACCAGGUGUGAAAUCUCCUGAACCAGAGGGAAUUAAGUCUCCAAGGAGCAUUAAGUCUCCUGAGCCAGCCGCACCCUCUCCAGCACCCGGUGUCAAAUCACCAGCUCCAGGUGUCAAAUCACCAGCUCCAGGUGUCAAAUCACCAGCUCCAGGUGUCAAAUCUCCUGAACCUGAGGGAGUGAAGUCACCACGGGGUAUAAAAUCUCCAGAACCCAGACUCAAGUCACCUCCACCACCACUCAAGUCUCCAGAGAGUGUGAAGUCACCGGAGCCCGAGGAAGUAAAAUCACCUCGUGGUGUCAAAUCUCCGGAACCUGCAGGACUCAAAACACCAAAAGGUAUCAAAUCUCCAGAACCUGCGGGAAUCAAAACACCAAAAGGCAUCAAGUCCCCAGAACCUGCAGGCAUCAAAUCACCAAGGGCCUUAAAGUCCCCUGAGCCCGAGGGGAUCAAAUCACCUCCUAGGAUGAAGUCCCCUCCUCCUAGCUUGUCCCCCAAGAGGGUUGUGUCUCCACCCACCGUCAAAUCCCCAACCCCGAAACCUCCCAGGGUCCUGAGUCAGCUAACAGCCGAGGCCAGUGAGGGUUCGGUGAGGAUGUCCUGCGUCUGUGAGAGCAGCGUCAGGGAGGUGGUGUGGUACAUCAACGGGAGGAGGCUUUCACAGAGCAGUCGCUUUGAGAUGCACUACUCUGAGGGCUCCUGCAGCCUCCUGAUCCAUGAUUUGGCAGACAGUGAUCAGGGAGAGUACAUCUGUGAGAUGACAUCAGAGGGAGGAGUAUCCAAAUCCUCCUUCUCAUUCACCGGACAGGUGUUCCAGUCCAUACGCAUGAAGGUCAAAGCCUACCGUGAACAGCAAGUGGCACUUAAAGGAUCAAUGGUGAUGAGUCACAAGGAGUCUUCAUCAGCAGUGAGCUCAGCCAUGAUGAUGAAGAAAGAAAUGCACACGAAGGAGGAGUCAACGUCUUUCUCUUCCUCGUCUUCUGCCCAGCAGGCGAUGAUGUCAUCCAUGAUGGAGUCAAGCUCCAUCAGCAGCAUGGCAGCUGAGAUGAAGUUUGAGACCAUGUCCAUGUCCAGCAUGUCCUCCCUGACAUCAGAGACGUACGCCAUGAGCUCCAGCAGUCUGACUGAGAUGUCCUCACACAUGGAGGGAUCCUCGUUCAGAGCGAUUGGUUCUGCUCCCAGGAUCGAGGCUCUGCCGGAGGACAUCAGCAUCGAGCCAGGCAAAGUCCUCACAGUCACCUGCGCCUUUUCCGGCGAAGCCAAACACAUUGAGUGGUCCCGCAGUGGCAGAAAGAUCGAGGUGACUGCCGGCGGACGCUUCCACAUUGACACCACGGAAGACCUGACCACUCUCAUCAUCACUGGGGUGAAGGAGGAAGACGCUGGAACCUACACCCUGAAGCUAUCUAAUGAGCUCGGAUCUGACACAGCGACUGUUCACAUCAGCAUUCGAUCAGCAUAAAAGAAAAAGAAAAAAAAAUCUAAUCUUCCUAUCUUCCCCUUUUCCCUACUUCCAUGCCUUUUUAUUUAUUCAUUAAGCAAAAUAAUCGACUUGAUUACGAUCUGGAUUUCUGUUCUUGUAAAUAUGAACUAUUUUUGUACCAAUCUUGACAUUAAUUUAUGCCAAACUAGACUAAAGUCUAAAGGUGUUAUAAAAUGUGCCAUAUUGGAUGACUUAGGAUUUUUGAUCCAUUUUUCUGUGACAUGUACAUAAUGUAUAUAGCCGAAUUUAACGGUUAUGGGAAAUGUAUGCAUUGUUAUUUAUGACAAUAAUAUUAACUGAAACAAAAUGAAACUAAAUGUGGUUUAACAGGAGAAAGUUCCACUUGGAACGAAUACCCUGUUAAACUGAGAAACUAAACUCUGUGCCUCAACGAUAAGUUGAAGUCUAAGAUUGCCUCAACAGGUAGAGAGGCUCCCUGUUGAUGUUAACUCAAUCAGAGACAAAACUAGAAAUGCACUGCGGUGCUGUUGCAUUGUAACUAAAGUGUGAGAUCCUGAGUGCUGUUUGCAGUUACCCUCAUGUAAGCAGGACGACUGGACCUCACGCUCUGACUGAUUAUGUCAUACUGCCAUUUCGAUGACAUGCUCACAGUGCGAGCGGCCUGCACUCCCUGAGCACAAGUGUUUCUUUUUGUUUUGUGCUCUGCUUCUGGCAAAUGACCACUCGCUCGGGCUCUUCAGUUGUACCAUCAACCUGGCCAAUCACAUGAAAGUAGAGUCCCUCCUGUGCUUGUUUGCAGAGGCAGAGCUGUCUCUUGGAGGUCUGCAGUGUGUUUGUGUGUUAGUUUUUAGGCCUGUCAGUCAAGCUGGGCGCCACCAGGCAGCCGAAACCAACCGCCACUGCCUUCAACGAGGACGAGAAGAAGUGUGGUUGCCCUGCACUUUGUUUUGAUUGAAGUUAGAGUUGUAGCAUUGAUUAUUUUCGCAGCCUCCUUGAGUUUUUCUCCAAUUAUUGAUUUAAUAAAGCAUGAUUAUCAGCACUA